UCCAAACCUGAGCGCUGUUAGUGCGCUGCGUCCUCCCCGUACAUGAAGAUGUUCCCUGAGUGGUCGUGAUUUCUCUGAAAAGGAAUAAUGGACGGGGGAUUUGAAGGAAUGGGUGCCCGUUGGUAAAUCACAGGAAAAGCAUUUAUGGAUUGGAGCUCAUCGCCACUGGAGCAAACCUGGAGAGAGUCUGAGAGGUGAGGAGGCUUUGAGACGAUUGUGUUUUGGGGGGGACACCGCUGCGUAAAGAUGGAGCGUCCUAGGAUGUGAGCUGGCCCGCAGGUUUAGCUCAUUAAAACGCCUUCGACUCAUCAUAUCGUUAUUUUUCCGGGUGUUUUUAAAGCAAUUUCUCACACAGCGAUCGUACCUCCAGUGCAUUCAAGGCCUUUCCCCCUCACAGGACGUGGCUGUUUCACUCAUAGUAGCCAUCUGUUUGUUUCUUGGGUCGGUGUUUAGAACCAAUAAGGCCAUUGGCGAUGAUGAUUUUUCCUGUGAUGGCCAUUUUCCCACCGGAUUUCACAAUAAAAACCCUUGAAAUGUGGAAAACGUGCAAUCCGGGAGGCUAAUUUUGAUCGUAGUGGCACAAAAAGAACAUACACUGCGAUCUCGCUGCUCGUAGGCUGUUUAAAGGGCCAUAUUUUGCAUUGCAACGCUUACUGUAGCCAAAUAUAUUGCCUAAGGAGAACCUUCACACACACUGGCAUCGCGAGAACACAAACGAAAUGCAUGACUUUCAAUAAUCAAACGCGUUUCGAUAACCUAAUCACAACCAGCGUUCGGUAUUUAACACAAACAAUGAGUGUAUUCAGAGUGGUGACAGACUCACACAUACACUCCUCAAUGUGUGUCAUAUUGUAUGUAGGUUACUGCUUCACUAACAUCCCACACACACACAAAGACCCACACAGUGCACCAUGCAUCCUACUGAUUUAUGUGUACUACAGCCUUAAGUGAUGUGAGGUGAUUCAGCCACGCGAGUACUUCCAGUUCUUUUGCAAGAGGACAAACAACUGGGUUUACUAGAUCAGGGUUUACCGUACCACACUGUUCCAAACCGGACCACUCGGUGACAUGGUACCAUAAAGGUCCAAAUGACAAACUCUAACCCCCCAGCUUCUCCCUUCCCUCCAAAUCUCUCCCCUGACCCCUGCUGGGACUCCCAGAUGACCCCCAAUUCCCCACAGAGGUGCAAAUGAGAUCAUGCAGUUAGAUGAAACAAUAGAUUUUUUUCUUAUUUCCAGAGGAGUGCUCUUCCUUUCAGGGUUAUAAAUUAAAUUCACCAUAGUAACUUAUACUGCUGUGUUUUUCCCUUAGUUUUAUGGCAUUAUCAUUUCUCCUGCUCCCCUUUUUUCUAGUGUGUGUUUGCUGACAGUGCUACUUCUUUUGUUUCUCUGUUGCAGUGCUGCAGAAGAGCAGACUUCAUCCAAGAUCACAGAUCACAUGACAGGUAUUUCCUCAUGUUUUUUUAAUGGUUAAGGCAAUCAAUGUUAUUAAAAACAUAACCUAUGUAUUCAGCUUGCUUAUUCCAAUACUUGGUUUUUUUUCUGCAUAGAUCUGUGCAGCGAUGAAACAGACAACUCUCUUCCUCUCCAGCUUCAUACGCUCAAGCAGUUUGAACAGGUGAGAGUUUUUAUUUUGAAAUCUAUUUGAGUCAUGAUAUGAGUGAUACCUUACCAACCUUCAGCAGAAAGAGCUUUACUCAAUUGAUCAUGCUCUAGGAAAAUGCUCUAUGAUGCCCUCUUGUGGUGUAGUUUAAUAAUUAGCUUAAAAGGUUUUCCUUGAUUCAAAGUGCUUGUAAUUACUAAAUGCCAAAGAAGGUCCAUCACAAAACUCAGUGCUAUUAUCAGCAAUAUCUGGAACCAGACUUCUGCGCCUCAAUAAAGAAAAGGGGAACACACUCUGUUGAUAGUAUCUGAGGGAAACACUCUAAACCCUCCUCUGGCUCCAGUUUGGCCUCAUUUUAGAUUUUUCAUCUGGCUUUACUGAACUAUUUUUUGACUUUGCACCAGGGCAUUUCCUAAACAAAUACGGUAUGUUAUACGUAUCACCGAUUUUUUUUACAGUAAAGUGUUGUAAUGAGCAGCUUAACUCACCCAAGUGUAACUAAUAUAAAGCAGUCAUGUUGUAGUUUGAUUUAAAUUUUAAGAGGCUGGAGAAUCUUGAAGUCUAAUGCAACUCUUUAAAAAUUUAACUUCAAAAUAAGUAGCCACAAUUUAUAUUAUCAAUGGUGAUCAUUUACAUUAUCUAUUAAUCAUUUAUUCCAUCUAUAAAACAUCAAAUGAAAAAUAAUUAAAGGUGAGAAUGGCUUAAACUUUCUUCCAAAUCCAAAAAACAUUGAAGUAUGUCUCCUAUUGCUCCCAUCAAAACAAGCCCAAAAGGCUUUUUAGUCACAUUAAAAAAUGAAAGAGAAAAUGUUUUAAAAAGCCACAACAGCAGCUGAAACAAAUUAUUCAUGAAAAAAGAUACUGAUUUUAUUCUCAAUCAGUGGACUUCUUCUAUUGAUGCACAUAUAGUUUGAUAUUUUGGAAUAAAAGAGUCAACAUUAGCAGUUAGAUAGUCCAACCUUUGUAACCCUAGCGACAGUAAACCAAAAAUAAAGAUGAGGGCUGUUGAGGAAAUCCUAAAACAGAUGCAAAAAAAGUCACAAGUGGAUAAAUAAUAAUAAUAAAAAAAAUAAAACUAAAAAAACUAAAAUUAAAAAUCACGGAAACAUUGUUUCUUGGUGAGCUGCUGAGCCCUGUUAAAACAGGGAAUGUCUCCAACCAGCCACUUCAGCUGAAGUUACUCUUGGAAUAGCAGCACCGGGACACACAGUAUGUGUCAGUUUUACUCUGAAAUAACUGCACUACGGCACAGUGCAUGUGAACAUCUACACACAGUCAUGACUGUCUGUUAGUCUUUGAUGAGGAGCUGAGAAGUGAGAGUAUCACGGGUGUAUCGUAUGUGGAGUUUAAAAACAACCUAUGUACAUGAGGUCACAUGAUGUCAUUCCUGGUGUUACGUGGGACUCCGCCUGGCGCCUGUCCCGUCUUUGCACAGAAUUAUUUAGCAUGUAGUGUGACACUUUGAUGUGCGCACUUCCUGAACAGAUCCAGAUGUAAUAAUGAUGUAAGCGAUGUGACAUGUCUCAUAAAAACUGUUAUGUAGUUGUUUUUUUAAUGAAGUGGUUAGUGUCUUCUUUUGUCUUAUUCCCUUUGUGAUAACUUACCUCCCUAAGGGACUUUCAGGGAUUCACCGCUCUGUGAGAUUCAGGACAUCUCUCUAUUAAUAGCCCUGUGGUUCACAGCUACCAGCUCUCCUAUUUCAGCUUACUUUGUUCACUCUCCUGUUUGCUCAUUAGCCAUUCUGUUUGGUCACGUUGGUUAACCUUAGUCUUGGGGAAACUCUGGCUUCGAAGAACUUUUAUCUUUUUAAAGUUGAACUGGGUGUUGUAGAUGUGUUGAGCACUAACCGUUUUGACCACAUGUGUAACAACUGAAAAGAAAAUAGACAAAGGAAUAUUAAACAAGUUUGUCUCUGGGACUUUGACUUAAUACGAGCUGCGUCUUUUUUAUUUUGCCAAUAUGGUGCAAUGCCAAAAAGCUGUCUAAGCCAGAUCAUUUCACUCAUAAUUGGCUAACAUCUUUCUUACUUGGAAAAGUUUGUUUUUAAAUCCUCGGGUUCAUUUUCCAUUUCUUAUUUACUCUGUUGAAGUUUUUUUUUGUCCCAAGUUAAUUUAAAGGAGACAGACGACAUGAACAGAAAUUGAAAGACUUUCAACCCCCUGUCCUUUCUCUUUCUCCAGCUCUAACCCUGUUUGUUACAUUUGGCCCUCCUGUUUAGCAGUGGGGUGAGAUUUCCCCUCAUAUCACAAGUGCCUGUGAGCCUUGAGCCUCUUGACUCCCCUCCUCCCCCCUCCCUCCACACUUCUCCCCUGGCAGUCUGGGAUUCCAGGGAUGUCUCCUGCUGUAAAAUAAGCUCCUGUCCCAUCCCCUGACUGACCAGAACACACCAUGGAGCUGACAGGGCUACACCCCUGAGCGCCAGGCUGCAGAGUUGCCCUCUGCUCUGCAUAAAAAGCUUUAGUGUGUGUAUGUGAUAGAUUUAGUGUGUGUUUGGUUUAUUAGAUAGUGUUCUAGGGGUCUUUUAGAGGCUGGGAUGCCUCUUUGUAUAUAAGUGUUCAUUCUGGAUGCUGUGCUCUGUUGGAGAAGGAGCUAGCAUGUCUGAUGAUUACCGGACACUAACACUUGGACACACUUUUACAGUCGCUGUCCUCUAAAAAUGGACUCUGUGGUCCCAGAUGAUAUGGAGCGGUCGACUUUUAUUUUCUGACCUAUAACGGACAUGUCGAGCAGUGUCGGUGCUCUCUGACGGUCAUGUCUAACGGUUACCGUACUUUGUCACAGCACCUAAAUGACCUGAAGAAGGAGAACUUCAGCCUCAAGCUCCGUAUCUACUUCCUGGAGGAGAGGAUACAGCAGAAGUAUGAGGAGAGCAGCGAAGAUGUCUACCGCACGGUGAGUAAGACGCCUCUCAUUGAGUGUGAAGAAAUGAAUGGGCAUUUGACUGGCUGGAAGUGAAUGAGGAGAUGAGGGGGACUGUAGACGGUGUGUGGAGUUCCUGAUCAGGAGUAAUUGAUUUUCCUUUGUUGAGGGAUCUACUAUAGUUCUGAUUGGAAAAUCAAAGAGGUCAUCUGUAUCUUUAUCAGUCACAAUGUGGGAUUUUUAUUCAUCCUCAAAGCAACCUAAGGUGUUUUUAUUAAGCUCCAGCCCUAUUGUGUAUACUCUUGUUUGUGCAGAGGAUUUUAUGGUGAUUUUAUGUCUGAGGAACUCCAUUACAAAUGUCUCUGUGCCUGGUUUUGAAAUAGAUCUGAAUCUUGACAGCUCACAGGUAUGUUAUCCUUGAGUAUCUUCACUGGUCCACUUCCAUUGUGUGUUUGCUCAGCUGUCACGCUGAUCUGUUGGUUGAGGUGAUGUGACCUGCCAUGUGUUUAUUUUACCAAGUGUGCGUUUCAUGAAUGGUUGCACCGUGAACGGCUACUCAUUAACUAAAUUCCUCUUGACUUAGUUUGUUGGUAUUCGGCUUUAUCUGCUUUGAUGUGCCUUGCUUUCUUACCUCAAGACUUGUGACUUAGUUUUCAAGCUCUCAAAGGUGUGUGUUUUAGGUCUUAACUUAAAGCCUGUGAAACUAGAUUUUAAAAAAUCUAUGCAUGAAACCAGCAGGACACAGCUCAGAAAAUCAGUGAAAGACUGAUAAAAAUAAUUAGUCUUUUGCUGGAAAAUUAUUUAUAUUUUUUUCUGGUAUUUUUUGAGAGCCAGUAUGAUGGCAUUGUAUUGAUCCUCAUUAACUUGAUGUGACAGACUGUGAUAUAUCUAUAGUACGAAUUAUCAGCUAUUUCAAGGGGCUGAAUGUUGAUGCAAAAAUCCAUUGCCGGUAUCUGUUAUCUCGGCAUGUUGUAAACCAAAUACUCCAGAACAAUACUGCUGCUGACACCAGCAUUUUUCUGUGUCAGACCUCACAUGAUCCACAGUUAAUGUCGGAACUUUGUUUACUGUAUGUCCUAGCAGUGUUCUGCUAUUAGCUAAAUCAUCAAGGAAAUUAUCCGCAGUGUAGCUUGGGUGUCUGGCCUCAUUUUCGCACGUUUGUUGAAAGAAAUUUAAAAUUUGGGGUUAAACCUUUAAGUUUGGAACAAAUUAAGGACAGAACUGGAAGUACUGAAAUGAGCACUGGGAGAGAAAAAUUUGGACUAAUGUUUAAAGUUUCUGAUAUAAACUGUGAAAAUGUUAUUUUCAAGUUGUAUUCAGUUUGGUUGAGUUUCAUCACAGCCGUUGGCACUAACACAACGUUAUCCUUAAAAGUUUUAAAUCAUUUUGUUAAUAUUCAGCUUGAGUGAAGACUUCUAGGUUUGUGUCAAUAUUGGUGCUCCAACGUGGACAAGGCAGUCAUUGCUUAUCCUGUCGUUCAUGAUUGUUUACAAAAAAAUCUCAUCCUGCUGACUUUUAACGGUCAAUCUAUCAUUUAGUUUAAAUAUGACAUGUUGAAAUUGUAGAACCAGGGCUGUUUCUUCAGAUGCUUGAUUGAAACCUAUAAAAUUAUACAAUAUAUAAGUCACCUGUCAUGUCACUGGUGGUCUUAUUUGCCUUUGAAUACCAUAAACAGGCACAAUAUGACCUUAGUGAGUUUUAUAGCUAUCAAGAAAUUACUCACAGGAUCUUUAAAAAAAUGGUUUCAUGCUGUUUUUCCUAUGGUCAGUCACACAGUCAUCAGUAUAGCAUGAAAUUCUGGACUUUGUAUAUACACUCUCUCUGUCCCCUCCCUGCUCCUGCUGCUGUUGAUUUAACAAGCAGUUGCAAUAUGUCUUUUCAUGACCCCACAGAUGCAGACAUCAACAGAUGUUUAAAGCUCCUGUGAGGAUUUGUUUGAGACCUAUGAAACAAACUGAAAUUCACAUUUUGUUUUGUAAUAUACAGUAAGAUGCCUGAAACUGGAGUAAGGGGGGUAGGUGUCAGCCAAGCAGCUAAAAAAACAACCCUGUUUUUACAAUUUCCACAUAAAAUAUUCACAAUAAAAGAAACAUUUAUCAUCAGACUGUCAAGAGUCAGCAGGAUGAGAUUUUUUUUUGGAUAGGAGGCGCUGUUGAAGCAUAAACGAAAACUACCUGGUCCACCAGAGGCACCAAAAUUGACACAAGUUGAAAGUUCCCUAGUUGUGCUUUAAAUGAAUUCAUUUCACAGAUUUUAUCAACCUUCUUUUCUGUACGAGCUUUGACAAGAUGAGUUAGUGGCUAAUGAACUGAAAGUGAAUUUGGAUUAAAGUGUUUUUUUCUUUAUGUAGCGCUGGAAAAAUUAAAUGCUAGCAGAAUCCUGGGACUACAGACCCCUUUUCAAGGCAUGGAACCGAGCCCCCCUUGCCCCAGGUUUUAGUCCCAAAUUUAUUGGCUUCUCCCACAAAGUUUCCUAAAACUGCCCUAACUUUUGUGUUACUCCUUUGACAUACAUCAGAGAAAAUAUCCUGGUUUAUGGAGGAAAGAAGUCCUGUGCUUGUUUGAGUUGUUCAUGUCAGCAUUGUAUUUUCUGGCUUUUCGUUUGUGAGGAUUUUCUGCUUUCUUUAAUUUAUUUAUUUUUUUUUACACAAACAUCAAAUGGAUGGUAUAACUUGAGGAUAUUUCCUUUUCUUUGUUUAUGAUAAAGUGUGUGAUUUUGUAUAAGUUGGUAUUGACGCGUGUGCACCAAGAAUAAGGGGACUCACUUUAGCUGUUGAUAUUCAGCAUUUUUAACGUUAAUCUGUUUUUCUCCCCUCAUGCAAAUUUCCUUCUUAAAUCAGCAAUUGAAUUUCCCUUCAGGGAUUGAUAAAGUUCUUCUUCUUCAACAAUUAUCUGAUAUCAGAAGAUUAAAUUGACGGUUUGAUCCACCUAAACAGGAGAAUCCUGUCACUGAUCCUCCACAGUCUUUGCAUACCAGGGGUGAUUGGCUGAAUUGAUUUAAUGUUGCACAGAAAUCUAACUGGAUUUUAGUCUUUUACAAUCUCUUCCCUGUCAUUGUCUAAAAGUUGAUCAGCCUAAUCUCUUUUUUUAUCGGGGAUCAAAUCUUUGCUCCUAACCCGAGCAGCUUGUUGGUCUGUAGCUCAAAGUCAGUGUUCCCGGCCUCUCUCCAGAUCCUUCAGUGUAACACAGUCUCACAAGGUGUGUGUUGGACCUUAGCACAUAGCGAUCUCACUCAGAGCUCCCCCGACUCUAUUUAUAGGUCCAGGCUGGGUACACUGAUUUAUUUAUCACAUGGAUUUAUGAGUGACACGGCUCAUCUGUCACACUCAGACAUGAGAAGUCAUUAACGCACAGUUUAAUGUAAAGAUACAUAAAAAAAAUGAUCAAGAGAAAAAUUAAACAAACCAAUUUGGCCACUUCUAAAAGUAAUUUUAAGAGGGUUUUUUGUCAUGUUUGGACACUUUUGCUUUUAUUAAAUAGGGCAGCUGAAGAGAGAGUAGGGAAGGACAUGCAGCAAAGGGUCGUGGAGAGUCAAACCAGCUGUGACAGCAGCCUUUGUAUAUGAGGGAUGCUUAGACUGUAAGGCCAUCAGUCCCUCUAAUAUUGAAGUAUUUAUUCAUGUAAAGAGAUUUAUUUCACCAUAAAAUAUAAAUUAGUCCAUAAGCUAAACUGUCUUAUCAGUGGAAAACUAAUACCUUGUUCAGAUAUUGUUAAAAGCUUCAGUUUUACUCAGUGGUAAAUGGAUUCCUGAAUGACUUUAAACUUGAAUUUAUAUUGAUGCUUUUUUAUAAUAUACAAAAGCAAACAAGACUGAUUUUUUUGUUUGCCUGAAAGUAAUGCGAGGAGGUUUGGCAGCGUAGGAAACAGCUGUGUUUGUAUAUUUCCCACAUAAAAUAUUCACAAUAAAAAAUACCUUUGACUGUUGAAAGUCAGUAGGAGGAAAUUCUUGUGAAACAUGACAAGAAAAACAAAGACUACUUUGACUGCAAAGGUAUCCAAAUUAAACAAAAGCCCACAGUUCCUCACAGGAGCUUUUGUAAACAGAUAUCUCUGAAGACUCUGUGCACAUUUAAAUAGAAAAAAAUGAAUCAUUAAAACACUGAAACAUAGAUUUUUAUUUAUUUUUUAUUUGAAUUUAUUUAACCAGGAGAAAGAUAACAUGCCGCAGGAUAUUUUCCCAAUUUGGUCAGGGUUUGAUAAGACCAACCCUUCUGAUUGUUUGCCCUGAUAUGGCUGGCUGUAAUAAUAAUAAUAAUAAUAAUAAUAAAAAAUUAUAAUAAUAAUAAAAUCAGUUUUCAUCGUAAAUGAAAUCAUACUGUUAUGAGAUAUUAUUACAUACAAAACCAAUAAUCUUUAAUGUUUUUGUGUCCCAGGUAAAUGAUUAUCUCAAAAAGAAACUUUCCACAUGUAGAGCUGAAAACUCUAAAAACUCUCAUAGCUCUCUGUUUAAACCUCAACUCUGAUAACAUUUGCCUUCAUGUUUUGUGCAAAUACAAACAAAUAUGAUCUACAUAAUUCAAAGUAUGCAUAAGAAGUUAAUACCUGCUCACACAUAGUUUGGUCUGUGGAUGACACUCCUGUCUGUCAGUGGUUGAAGUGCUGUUGUCUCUCUAGACUGGUUAUUAGGGGAUCUGUGUUGCUGAGGGUGGACGGGCCAGCAGAGCGAGAAUAGCAGGUGCACUGUGAUGGAGGUCUAUAUUUAGUGCUGUUUUCGAGAAGGUAAAACAUCUCUCUUACUGUAAGCCAAGUUGUUGAUACAUGCACCCUCAAUGGAAUACAUGUGCCUCCUACUGAUAUGUUUUAUUAUUUAACACUGGAACAUCUAGAUAACCACGCAAACUUGGAUUUAUUUUAUCAUGUUAAAAUGAAACAAGCCAUUUUGUCUGGGUUUUUUUGUCAUCAAACUUAUCUUAAAUGAGCUGGAAUCUAUGUCAGAGAAAAUGUGAAUAAACAGGAAAAAUAAAUCACCUUUUCUGAAGCUUGCAGAAAAGUUUAUGAUAAAACGAAUAUUCUUGAUUUCUUGGAAACUAUGAUGGAAUUCAUACAUGAAUACUUAAGAAGUGGACACAUCCUAAAAUAUGUAAAGAUGCAGCACUCAGUUUGUAAAAUGAGAAGUACAUGUGGAUAAACUAUGCAGACUGCAGACACGUGCAGAAUAAAUGUGUGUAGAAAACAGCGGAGUGUGUGUCUGUCUGUGUGUGUGUGUGUGUGUGUGUGUGUGGCCCUCAUGCCUUGUAUGAAUAUACUCAUGGGUGGAUUUCAGCCUGCAAGUGUUGGUGCACGUGCAGCUCAGAUCCAAGUGUUGGGACAGAGAGAGGUCAUCAGACUGGGAUGAAUACACGAAGAGGCAAUACAAGAUUUCUAAAUUAGAAGGAAAAAAAGAAGGGAGAGAGAGGAGGAGGGAGGGAAAAGAGAGAAAGAGAUGCAGAGAUAGAGGCGACUACAGCAAGAUGGCAGCAGAGAAAGUAGUCAAUGUGAGGAGAUAAACAUGAGCUAAGCCGUCAUGAUAGAGGUGAUAAAACCAGAGAGAGCAGAGUUUAGCAGACAGACAGAGAGACAGACACACACACAGAUAAAUCAUCCUCCUUCUCCCCCUAAGGUCAGAAUGGAAAAAAUAAGCCCCUGAAUUCACACUUUUUAAUCCUCUGGUCCCAAUAUAAGAGCCUGGAAUGGCCCCAAAAUGUGCCCCCCCCACGGGUCCAGGCAGGUAAACAAACUGUGGAGUUUAGCCUUUAGCCUCAGGGCCAAGUAUCUGAGCUGCCCCGAAUACUCUGUUGCUAAAUAUAACAGCCACGAUAGCUCAGUCAAAUACUCAUGAUACAUGAGUACACCCAGCAGGACUGGUUCUGCACAGAGAUCUGGCAAGAUGAAUCCGAAAGGAUCCAGAUCAUCAGCUUUAGCUGGAAACGUGUACGAAGAAGAGAGUUUAUAUCCUUUUUGAGUUUACAUGAUUUCAGUACCUCGAUUAUACACAACAUAAAUAUCACAAUCACAUAAUGGUGAGUCAGCAAUGGACUGCAGCCAAUGUAGUUUUUAUUGACUUUGUCUGUGCAAUGACAAGCCUGCUGUCAGCUGUAAAAUAAACGUAAAGCCUGAUCCAUUGACUGUAUAAAAGGUGGAUGCAGGUCCCCACCUCCUUCCACUGCACAAAAGUGAAGCCAAAACCUGCACUGGGCUUGGCCAGAGUCUUAGAAGUAGGGAUUGGAUGGUUGAGUCAUGGUGAUGAUGCCCUGCCGGUUCUGCUCACUCAUCACACAUUAACUUUAAAAAACAGCAAAGAUCCCUGUCAUCAGCAUAACAGAUUAUUGAGACAAUUUCAAACAAACACUCAGUUAUGGAAAGUUCAGGGAUCGUAGUCGUGUUUGUUUAGCUUUCCCUUAUUGUCUGUCGAUGACUUCGCUUAUUCAGGAGCAGCCCUUGUCAACAGAGCUUCAAUCGUUUCUCCCAUUUUUAGAGCCUUGAACAAUUACCUAACGGACAUUCUCAGACAUAUGAAAACUUGAUGUUUUCAUGUGUCAGACACCAUGUCUUAGAUUUCCAUUUUUGACCCAUGUCCCAUCUAUUUACAUGACAGCUUUAUGAACUCAUCUGUAGCCUGUUAGUAGAAGGUGCUUAAAACGUUUUGGUCCCACUUUAGGGCGCUCUUACACAGUCUGUGAUUCUGCAGUCAAUAUAAAAGUCAAAGUGACUGAUUGUUUUACUUUCCCAGUUAGGCCAGUGAUUUACAAGAUAUGGCAUCUGUAUUUACUGACAACGGGUGAGAGAGGAUGAGAUGUGUGAUUAAGAUGUGACGUGACGCCUUUGUUUCUUUUAUCUGUUGCAGAACAUCGAGCUGAAGGUGGAAGUAGAGAGCUUGAAGCAGGAGCUCCAAGAGAAACAGCAGCUUCUGGAUAAAGCCCUGUAAGUCCAUGAAUAUUAAUCAUGUCUAACCUUAUGAGUUAAGUGAUCUUAAGUGUCCUGUUUUUUAAGUGUAAAUAUUGGAGUUGCAAUCUUUUUAUUUCCCUAUAUUUACAGAACAACCAGAGUAUGUUGCUUUGCUCAACAGGCAGCUAUUGACUGUAUAUUUAUUUAACAUACCUUUAAUGAACAACAUGUUGGACAGAUUUCCCAUGUUUUCUUAGAUUUGAUGAAUACAGUACAGAGUGUUCUGGUGGGCAGAUGCACCUCCUUCUAUGGGUGUUGGCAUGAGUGGAGUAAUUGUGUCCCUACCAGAGUCAUGAUCCUCUGCGUGGCCCUGUCUUAACUGUGCUAACACCUCAUAUCUCUGGCAGCUCAUGUGUCAUGCAGCAGCUGAUAGAGACGAUGCAUCACACGCAAACCUAGAUGUCAAGAGCACCCCUGAAGUUAAAACAUGUUACAAAAUUCUUGUGUGGGAUAUCGUGAACAGACUGUGAAAAUGGUGGCAAUGUUAAUGUGAUGUGAUGGCACAGACAGACUGUCCUUUUAAAGCAAGUAGUUUACCACCUGAACUGAAGACUAAUGUGCUGGUCCAGAAAGUUUGAAAUGUUACUUAAUGUGGUCGGGGAUUCACCCCUACGGCUGCAGCCAAGUUAGACAUGAGCUCUGGAAACAUUUCUGCUGACUGAAAUGCUGCCUAAAGGUCAGAGUUGUUGACCUUUAAUAGCUCAUCAUAGGCCAACUCUAGAUGUUCCAGGAAAGAAUAACUAGUCUCUUAUUACUUGCCUCUAUACCCCCCCCCCCCCCCACACACACACACACACACACACACACACACACACUUAUGCUAUUGUUACUGUCAAUUAACAUAAUGUUGACCUGUGCUCUGUGUUACCAGAGACGAUUCAGAAGGCAAUGGUGACUAGCUUUUUCUCUUGACUAACACUGUUUUCCUCUCCUCAUAAAUGUUGGCUCAAAAGUGAAAGUGGUGAAAUAUCUCAAGAAAAAGCCAAAGGCAAUGUCUACUUUAUAAUCAGCGGUCUUGUUUGUUUCUCCAGGAUCUUGUAGACUGUAAAAAAUCCCUUUGUAGUCCAGCAUCAAGCCUUCAUAAGCCCAAUACUUUUUUUAUGACAAAGAAAUGUGCUUUGUAGAAUCAAAGUUCAGGAUUAAUGAUAUUUCUACUGUCCCAACUUCAUUGGGUUUGUUCUUGUACUUGCUGAGUAACUUGUGUUUCACGCUGAAACCUGAUCGUGAGUAACCUCUGCUAUUGGCUCUUUUUAAACUGUAAAAAAAGCAUUCAUAGUAGGCAACAAUUGCAGGUUAAUGAAUGAAGAGCACAUAGUGCAUAGAACUUGUGAAAUACAAUAAAGUGUAAAAACAAACAGCAACAUAACCAAUAUUAAUAAAGAAAGAAAGAACAAGUGCAAAUGCAUGUCACUUUUAACUCUUUCAGAAAAAAAUGAUACAUGACAAUCCACAAACUCGGUGCAUUCCUUCUUAAAUAUUAAUAACAGUGCUUUAAAGCUCCUGUAAGGAACUAUUAGUUUGUGUCAACUUUGGUGCCUCCUGUAAACAAAGUAGUCAUUGCAUCCUCUACAUGCUAAAGUCGCAUCUUUUGGCCAAAAAUCUGCUGACCCUGCUGAAUAUUUAAAGCUUUAAUUAUACAAACAAGGCUGUUUCUACUCAGCUGACACUUACCCCCUCACAGGGGUUUCAAACUUUAAAAUUCAGUACUGAAAAUUGUGUGUCUUACCACUGAUGGUCUUUAUUACUUUGGGAUAUUAUGAAAAGUCGUCACUAUGAAUUUUAGUCGACUUCAUAAAUGUAAAAAAAAUCCUUAUAGGAGCUUUAAUUGGGGGAUUUAGUUACAUAAGAAAUACAGAAUUUAAGAACUUGUCUGUCACUGCCGGGUAGAGAAACAAUUCAACACAUUAGAUCACAGAAAGCAUACAACAGCAACAAACUUCAAAAUACUAACAAACAGAAAAUGUUCAUGUUGUUGAUCAGAGAAACAAAGUGGUCAAACAUUUCAACUCUGAUGGGACUUUAACCUCAGUCCAGUAGAACUGAUUUUCAAUUUCAGCUGGUUGUAUUGUUGACAAAACUAAGUUUAUGAAGUCUUUUUCCUCCUGUCUUCUUGUACUAAGCUUGCACUAAGGAGAAAGGUCUCCUCCACUGCUCAUAAAAGACAUUUGUCUAUGAGACAGACAUUUGCAUAACUCAGACUGGUUCAAAAUAUCUCAGUUAUUUGAGCUGUUGCAUUUGGUGGACUGAGUUAAAAACGUAUGUAGAGAGGGUGCAGAGCAGGGCCGGUGGCGACACAGUGGCGUCUGCCAUUCUGGGAUAGUGUCGUUGACUAAGUGAUAAAGACAGAUGCUGGCACAGUUGGGGUCUGUAGGAUUGAGGGAAUGCUUAUGUCACGAAACAUGUAAAAAAAGAAGCAUGAUGUUGUGGGUGAUUAUACAUCUGAUGUUUGAGCUGAAAUAGUUUCCUCAGAAGCCACAAACGCACUCAGCUGUAAUGGCCGAAGCCCAGACCACUGAGGAUAGAAAUAACAGUCUCAUAUUUUCACUGCUUUAUCGCACCUUUCACCCCUUUUACACUGUGUGAACAUCACUUCUGAGAGAGGACAUGUUCACAUUAUCAGCCUCUGCAUGGGCGGGGCAGCUUACUUAAUCUCUGCUAUAAGUAGAGGGGUGUUGAAUAUCCCAUGGGCACCAGCGCAGACAGGGAAGUGAUGACAUCACAGUACUGGCACCCACUCAGUCAUGUUCUGAUGGCGUCCUCUCUGAUUAAAUUUGUGUUUCUGUGUUAAACAGCACAACAGCGGAGAGCGUGACCAAUCACAAUGAAGCAGAGCUGCAGAGGCGUUGCCAAGAGCGACAGCAGGAAAUUGAUCACAUGCAGCAAGUUCUUGAGACCAAGAUACAGCUCCUGCAGGAGGUUUGAUCUCUCACAAAUUUAGCCAGUUCAGACCAACACACAAGGGAGUCUCAGAUUCACAUAUAAUAACUGCUCUGUAUCAUUUCUGUGUGUGUAUCCAGGAAGCCCAGCUAGCACGCAGCGAGGCUGGUCGCAUGGCCUCACUGGCUGGAUCACACUCAAAUGCCUCCCUCCUCUCCCUUGACACUCCCAUGGAGGACAUCCCUGAGGAUGAGAGGCCUUCAAGCAUCCUGUCCCCGUCCAACACCAACAAAGACAGGUGCAGAAUCUCCUCAGACAACAUCAAUAUUAAAACAACCAAAUCAACCCCACAUUUCACUGAUGAUGAACUCAAUGUGUGUGUUCAGGUUAAUAGAAGAGCUCACUAAAGAGCUGUGCUCUAAAGAGGCGCUCAUCACAGAACUGAGUGGAGAGAAGAAGACUCUCACAUUGAGGGUGGGAGAGCUGGAGGGACAGAUCGAGGAGCUGUCCUCAUCUCUGCUGCAGAAGGACAAGGAUGUGGAGGUAUAACUACUAUUGAACUCUUUUUUUUUCAGUGUCAUCUCACAUCAAAAGUAUGUCUUGCUCCUUCUAAACUUGUAUCCAGGGGGUAUCAGUCAAACUCUGGACAAUUUACAAAUCCAUCAUAUAUUUAUAAUAGCUCUCUAACAUUACUGCAUUCCUCUGGACCACCAUGUGUCUGCGGGUCAGACAGCUAUUCUAGAGAGAGGCUCCUCAAGCAGCAUGCAUGUCAUUCCUAAACCUUAUUUUAACAGCUAUUCAUGUAGGUCACCAGAGCUGCAUUCAUGCACAAACUUCUGUGAAACAAACAUCAACACACUGUGGGUGUACAGCUAAAGUCAAGACAUACAGUAAUGCACAACAGUAAUAGGAAAUCUUAUUAAUGAGAAGAAAUUUUGUUAAUGUCUUUAUUCAGUAUCCUUGUUUUUGUGUGCAUCAAUCCUUUGAUGGUAUAGUUUGAUUUAUAGGCUGUUUCCUCUGUAACAGUAUUAUCAGGAGGAACUCGGUCAGGAGAGGCUGCGCAUCGAACAAGAGAUGCAGGUAUGUGGAGCUCUGCAGUAUUAAUUCAAGCACAAGUGCACUUUUUACUGUUCUCCACUAAGUGUCAGAGCAGCAUCAACGUUCUUAUCAUUUCAUCUCUGACUGAAUCUGCCUCCUAAUGGACAAGUUCUGCACAACACUUUUAAAAAAAGGCUCAAAUUUGUUUUCAAAUUCAGUCACUGUCUGCAAAAAAUUCACCAUUAUAAAAUGAACCCAAGUAAAAACAAAAGCAUCAUUGUGCCGCCAGAUAAAUGAGCCAUCUGUUUUGGGCAGAAAGUUAGGAAACAACCUGUAUUUAUGGAGGACUUUGCCUUUCUUAAUGCACUUGAACCCAAAGUGCUUUAAUGAGUCAUAGGGGUCAUCAAUCUGGUCAGCAGAUAUGGUAGCAGUGGUACUGUAUGUAUUGAUGACCUUUCCUGUCAAAGAGCAAACAAAGAGACGUGGGAACCAAAGACAUUAUGACAGUAAUACUGAAAUGGAUCAUGCAGCAUCUUGUGACGCCUCUAGAGAAAGUCCAUCUUACAGAGGGUUUAUCUCAUCACACAAAGUGCCUGAAUCUCAUUACAUUUACAGGCUUUAGCUGCUCUCAUAUCCCCGAGGACACAUUUCCUCCUGAUACAUAAUUAAACACAAAUGGAAGAGGGCACUUACACUGUGCCUGCUCCUCCUUCUCAGCUGAAAUCAUUAUUGUAUGUAGUUAAAUUUAUAGCUCGACAGAUGAAUGACUGUAAGCAUACGAAGCCUUAGUUUUAUUCGGCUGCAGCUGUGCUAUGGAAAGUUACUAAUUACAUAUACUCUUGCUCCUGUUAGUGUGUUUUUUUUAAAUCCAUAAUGUUAGUUUCUUAGGUAUUUCCUUUUGAAAGAAUUGCAAUUGGCCACAUUUUACAGCAGUAACUGGGUAAAAAUAUCAAACACACAAACUUUCCACCACCUGCUAGCAGCCAGCGGAUGGAUGAUGUCUCUCCUAAAACCAACUCAAAUCUUACUGUGCAAGUAUAUCUCAUUUCUAGUCCGAGUAUCUCAUUACACUAAAUUUGAGCUACAUUGACCCAGCAGGUGUACCCACAAUUCUUGUUUCAAGAAACGUCAAGCCAAAACUUUCUUAAUAGGUUUGACAAAGUAAGUUUUCCACGUUGUUUUGUUUUUCCCAUUUGCCGCUAUUUUCACUGAUUACAGUCAAUGACGUCCUUGUUUGUUUUGACUUCAGUGUGCAGGGACCUACAAAGUGCAUAUUUGAUAAGACGCUGCAAAAGUGUUCAAUUCUUCCACUCUUGAUAGGUGCAGUGUCUAAUUCACUUCAUUUGUUAAUGCUGUUGGUUAUACUUAAACAAGUAUAGUUCACUUAAAAAAUAUAGUUAUACAUAAUUUGUGGGGGUGUUUCUUACUCUCCAGCCCCACCCCUAACAGCCAUGGAUUAAAAGUAAGCUCACAGUUCUUUCAAUACAUUUUGAAUCACACAGUUUAGACUGUUACCUAAGUAGAUUAACUGAUAGUUUUCUUCUUGCUUCAGUUAAAUCUCACCAAAUUAACUGUAUCUUUUACUCAAGUUGAAUAUUUUAGUACUUUCUCUUCCCUCUGGUUACCUCUUAAUAUUCUUGUGCCAUGUUGUGUGUUGAAAACAUCUCUUGUUGCUGUUAGUUUUUUACAAGCAGUGCUUUGUUUUGUGGUACCUGUGCAGCUGUUUUAACUUGUAAAUCAGUCGUGGUGAAGGGAUGCAAAUGCAGGCUCUCUUCUCAGAUUUCAGUCUGGAUGUAUGUGUGCAUAAAAGGGUUUGUUUGUCACUGAUAGCAUACCACUCUCUUUGUGCAAAAUGUUAAGUCAUCGUGGGUCAGUGUCUUCGCAUGUGAGAAGUUCAGUUUAAUGUUUUGUAACAUCUCUUGUCUGAGUUUUUUUUAGAGAGGAAAAAUAACACCAUAACAGUGGUGCAAUGACCCGGAGUUAUGUUGAAAUGCAGCUUUCUUUGUCAUUGCCAAGGUUAGUAGACUUUGCAAAAUUAGGAAGAUCACACGGUUGUUGGUUGGAGUAUAUACAAGUGCAAGAAAGCAUCUGGGCCUGUAGGAUAGUUAGGUUGUAUGACAAUAUUUUGUAUAAUUUAAAGUAUCAAUAAACAUAUUUUGAUUUUUUUCCAAAGAUCAGUUUUAGGCUUUUAUGUCUUAAUGUUUAUAACUCUGUGGGCUUCAUUUACAAUUUUUAUCCAUUUUUAGUUAAAAUGUUCAGCUUAAUGCUUGAAUCUAUGGAAAAAAGCUCAAAAGGGAUCAUGUAAGGUUCAAAUCUCUGUGUCUGUGCGAUUAUGUGUUUGUCUGUCCUCAUGAGAUGCUUUCUCACACAUGCUUUAUAUCUGUGUGCGUGCGUGCGUGCAUGCAUGUGUGAAGACAGGCAUCCUGCAGUUUAGCAGUUUAGCAGGUCUGAUUUCAGCAGGGUGGUCGAUAGGUCAGGUUGACCUUUUAGAGCUCAGCGACCCCUACAGUGAGAUCAGGUUGUGUUGUCUCAGACAGACAGACACACACCAUAAGAGCUCUUAAUUAGAUCCCCAGACACCACGGACCUUUAGAUCAAAUCUAUGUCUGGACAGAGAGUAAGAGAUGACAUCUGAAACCUUUCAGCACAAUUAUGUGCAUGUUUCUCCUUUCAAUGCUACUAUUAGCAAUUUCAACACUACACUCAUCAUGCUUUUGACUCUUGUUUGUAUUUAUAGACAUCACAUUGAGAGAAACAUCUAGAUGCCUUAUACCCAGGCCAUAUGUACAUCCUGUAACUGUCAUUGUCAACAUCUUGGAGGCCAGUUUGUGCAAACAUUUGAAUUUAAGAAAAUGACCAACAUGAGCCCUGACGCAGACACAAGUUCUGACCACUCUGACUCCCGCCUUAAUAAAGAUGUUUAAGAUCAGCGCUUUACUCUAAAGGUAUUAUAGAAUAAUUGUGAGGAAUGUGCACUGAAAAUCAACCGGCUAUUUUUUUCUCUGACGUAUAUGUUUGGAAGUAACAGCGUGACAGUGUGACCAUCUGUUUGCGCUCCCUCGGGAAAAACAAAAUUCUGGUCACUGCAGAGAUGAAAUGCUGCAGUGAGAUGCAGGAAAAAGGCCUGGUUGUUUGAACAUGAAAUGUUCAAACAGUGAAACCAUUGUUGAAAUACCUCUACCAUGGCAACAACACAUACAAAUAGUACUUAUCCUGAAGCUAAAGCUUUUUUAGUACAAGUAACUGUGGUCUGACAAAGGGGCUAUUAAAGGCCAAACCAUUACAGUGUCAUACUCUGUCAUUGAUGUGUGAUCAUAUACAGGCAUGGACAAUCCUGAAGCUGUUAACCGUCUUAUACUUUAAAACUGACUCAGACAAUGCAUUGGUGAUCAACAUGGUUAUCUAUCCAGCACUGCCUUAUUUUUUCUGCCUGUAUGAUUGUGACCUCUUUUCACAUGUAACCUCUGGGUAUCUUACCUCACCACAUGGCAGCCAUUUUUUACUGCGACAUGUGUGUUGUCUUGGUAACUGGCUUUAUUGUUCACUGGCCGUUGUGUGUUGAGGAAAAAACAUCCUUUUAUCUGGAAUCUGCAGACGUGUGAAAAUAAUUCAGAAUGACUUAAGGUCAGUUAGAAUAUAGCAGCAGAAAUAGAACAACAAUGUGAUUGAUUUUGCUGCUCUAUCAUUAAAACUAACUGUGGUGAGUCACCCACUCCCACAAUAGUGUGGGGUACUUGAAGAUGUACUGAUUAAUAUGAGAUUAAUGUAAUUUUACUUUAUACAACAAUGGUUUUGGUUUUCAUUAACUGUUUUAAGAGAGUGUAGUUUGAUAAGCAGAGUAAUGGAAACAGGUUCUAGUCAAUGCAAAGACAGAUCUGUGGGACAGAGGCUCCAUACCACAAUUUCUACUGUGGCUCUGAAUACUGGAUUUUUUAGAUAAUGGAUGAAGAUAUUCUCAUAGCUAUAUUUAUAUAUUUCUGCAUUCAUGUAUGUUCUAGUUUAUAAAAGAAAUCUUAUCUACCAUCCCUAAAUGUUAUCAGUUUUCAAAGAGCAUAUCAGGCUCUGUCUCGCUUUCAGUUUUUAUUAAUUUUACAGAGCGUCACUAAUGUUACCACGCUACUGAGCAUUUCACCUGAUCAGUCAGGCGGACACAGCUAAGUAAACCAGGCAAGAGGAAGUUACAGACUCCCAGGGGAGGAGUCACUGUUUCUCUUUAACGCUACAACUAAAAGUAAAGCAAAUACUCGUUCAUUUUACAUUAAACGUGUCAUCUGUAACGAAUCGACAGUUUGUAAAUCGUAAUAAGAGAAGAAAAGAAACAUAAAACAUCUCUGUGAAUCUGCACCGGGCUUCUCCACCCCUGCGUCCCCACAAUGGUUCGCUCCACUGCUGCAGGUCUCGUUCAGGCAGCCACAUCAUUAUCAGCUCGGAGGAUCUCCGACUACACGAAGUAUCGAGUCCUGCGAGCGCGUGUGAGGCUCUCGAGCUGUCAUUAACGGCUCUGAAAUGAAUGAAGAGUCGUCUCUUCGGACGCAGACACCCGCUAGAGACUUUGAGGACCGUCCCAGGACGUCUGUUACAGCUCUGUGUCCGUGUAAAGGACGGCGGAUAAUUACCUUCCUCCCGGUCAGGACGGACCUGACAGGUCGCGGUGCCGCUCGCGUGUUUGUGGUAGCCGAUUGAUGGUGCAGUAGCGCGUGCGGUGUUGUUGGGAAAUGCCAGGCGACGGUUUGGUGACAGCGCGAGGACGGAAGACUGAUAAAUACUGCAGCUGAUUGAUGAGACGUUUUCAGUGUGGGGGUGUGCGCCAUAUUCUUGAUGCACCUGCACCUCCAGGAAAUUAAUAAGGAGCCUGGGCUGAGACCUGUCAUUGAUCGUUACAGUUCAUAUCAAUCUAUUAUUUUUGCUCAUUAUUUUCAGUCCUGCCAAGAGCCGUAGAUCUCAACAAUCAUGUGCGGUUUCCUCUUUUUGCCUACCUCAUCUCAGUAAUUGUGAAGCCAUUGAAUUUGAUUCCAUUGGACUGAUCUCAUGAGAAGCUUUACUGUAUAGAGAAAGAAAAGGCCUUUAUCAUCAUUUCUUUUAUUCAGAUGCAGCUUAAGCCUUAUGAUUUUGUGUUUACAUUUGAUCAGAUCUAUCAGGAGAAUCCAGGUGUCUUUGAGUAAACUGGAAAUUUCCCCUUUCAAGCUUGUGGAAUGCUUGAUCUCAAGAUGAAGGAGACCUGUCGCAUCUGUGGACGUGAGCUCUGCGGUAACCAGCGGCGAUGGAUCUUCCACCCCACUGCGAAACUCAACCUGCAGGUGCUGCUGUCUCACGCCCUCGGGCAAGAGCUGACCCGGGAUGGGAGAGGGGAAUUCGCCUGCUCCAAGUGCACCUUCAUGCUGGACCGCAUGUACCGCUUUGACACAGUAAUCGCUCGGGUGGAGGCGCUGUCUAUUGAGAGGCUGCAGCGGCUCUUGCAGGAGAAGCACAGGCUGAGGCAGUGCAUUGGAGGUCUCUACCGCAAAACUAAUCUAGAAGAGGGUGCUGUGACAAUCUGUGGGGGUACUGAAGGACCAGGAGAUGGGAUGGUGGACAUUUCAGGUCUCACUCAUGCAAAAUACUGUGCCCUGCUACAGGAUGACCUCGUCUACUCUUUGUACGAGUCCUGGGCAGAGGAUGGCCUGGACUGUCACCACCACCACCCUCAGUGUUCUACAGGUCUAGGGUCAGAGGUCACAGGGUCACAUCAAUGUGUCCCCAGCACCCCAAGGAGGUGUAGGGGAUGUUCGUACUGGCGGGUGGCAGACUCGGACUACGAAGCCGUCUGUAAAGUUCCCAGGAAGUUGGCACGCAGCAUUUCCUGUGGACCAUCAACAAGAUACUCAGCCAGUGUUAUUGGAGGGAGUGUGACAGGAGGAGUAGGGGACAGAAAACAUGUGGAGGAUUCAGAGGAAGCCCCGUCCUCUCUGACUCUGGUCCCUGGGUCUCAGGACACCUCCAGGACUUUGGACAGUGAUCGCACCCUGGCCGGACGAGCCAGCUCCAGCCCCUCCAUAGCAUCCUUGGAGACAACUGAAGAGUAUGCCCACCCUGGAGCAUUGACAGAUGGACUCCUCAGCAGCCCAAGGGACCCAAUGGACGACCGGUUAUAUGACUCUCUCUCUGAGGAGCACAUGGGGACCUCCCAUAGCCAGGCUUCACCUGGACCCAGCCUCUCUUUGGCCCUGUGUUUGCUCCAGAGCUACUCUAUCUACAGGCCCGUCCUGCGCUCAAAGGACAGCAAACUGCCGAUUCUCCUCAGGCGGAGCUCCAGUAAUGGAGGCGCGAGGCUGAACCUCCCUGAUCCUGAUCUGAGACUCUCCUAUAGUACCCCAGACGGAGAACGACACAACCACAUAAGAACCCCUGAGCUAGGGACUCCCCUGAUCCGCUUUGGUGAUCAAGAUCUGAACUUUGCUGAGAUGGACGAGUUAAUGGAAGAUUUGUACAAAGAAUAUCCUCGCCCGCCACCCCACCAGGUGCAAAUUAAAGAUGGUUGAUGAUGCUGCCCAUAGCUUUUAAAAAAACAAACGAAACUGCAGGAAGAUGAUGCCCUUGAAUCCUAAAUUUUGCGAAUGCACAGCAGAUUCGCAUUUUCUGUCGCACUUAAAGUGAGCUACCCCGAUGGGCUUUGAUAUUGAACUGACAAACCGCAGCCUGCCCACAAAACGAUUAUUCUCAUUACUUUUUGAGCGUAAUUAGCCCUAUAAUCCCGCUGUCAGUCACUUAAAUCCUGCCCACAGCUUCCCCUACAAGCUUUUACCCAGGAGGAUUUGAGCUCCAAUGCUCAUUGUGUGCGUGUUUGUGUGUGUGUGUUUAUGCGUGUGUAGGGGAUAGUUGUCUAUGUGUGGGAACCUAUUACAUGAGCAGUCAGGUGUGUAGGUAAGCUGUAACACACACAGGACAUGGCCUAAUUACCUAAUGUAUGUGAAGGAGUGAGAGGUCCACCAUGCCAAUAAAGCAGAGAGCAUGAAGUGAAAGGAGAAUACAGUGAUAGUGAAUCGAACAAAACUGCGAAUAUCUCCAAGGACAGUUAUAUAAUUACCCGAUUAAUUCACUAGUUUUAGAUAAAGACUUGAAGAACCAGUUUGGAGUUUAAGAGCACAGCCUGUAGAUGGUUCAGUCUCCUAGUUUUUCCUGUUUUUAAACUUUGCAUGCUGAUGCACAUUUUCCGCUGAGGUUUGCAUCUCUGCUGUAAGUAAAGACUUCAAGUAUGACCUCCCUGAGAUGAUAACCCUUACUGAUAGUUUCUGGAGCAACAACAGCGCGUGAUUUUGGAGCCUGGGCACACUGUCUGAAGUAGGUUAGAUGUGGGGAGACAUUAAGACAAAGUGACUCCACUACUGGCCUAUUUUCACACAGAACCCUAGAGGCAAAGUGAUCCACACAGAGUCAGACCACCCUGUCAUCUCGGCACUGGUUGGCUGGGACGAUGAUGCUAUAUAGUGUUUUAUGUUGAAUGAAUUAUGUCAGUGCAAAAAAAUCUAAAAUAAAUGUGACCUCGGCUGAAUCGAACCACAAAUAGAUUGUAGUGAUUUAAAGUAUAAACCAGCUUAUCCUUCCUCAUGUACUGAAUACUGGUUAUGUAAAGAUAAUAGUGGCUCCAAGUGUUCUCUCGCGUUAACCCAUGCAUGCAGACACUCUCAAACCUCUACGGGGGCUUUCUACUCCCCGUAGCUCUUUACAAGAUGCACACAUGAAUAAGCAGAGCAUCUUAAGUGUUGUGCUCAUGUUACAUAAUCCACUAUGAAAGUUGUGCAGCCCUGUAUUUUUCAUGAAUUCAAAACAAACAAAUCCUUUUGUCAGAAAUAAUUCAGCAGCUCCAUUUGGUCACGAGACUUCACCGGGUUAUUCUUUAACUUGAGACUGUUAUUUUAUCUUCAUUCCAGAGCCUGGUCGAGGAGCAGCAGAGCCAACUGAACCAGUAUGAAUGUGCGGCUGGUCAGUGUGUGAGCGAGCUGCAGAAAGCCCAGCUCCAGGUUCAGUCCUUGCAGGCUAAGAUCCACGAGAGUGAGGCGAACAAUAUGGUACAGCCCCCAUUAAAAAUCAUCAUUACGGUCAAACACAUUUGAUACGUACACAUCUAGUGACAGCCUGAUGUUGAUUCUCGUCUCUGUGUUACAGAAACUUCAAGAGAAACUGAACGAGAUGGAGUGUGAGUUACGUUCAAUCCGUCAGGCUGCCCAAGGUCAAGAAAGAACCAUUCAGGGUCUCACUGAAUCUAUCAGCACCAAAGACAGUGAGGUGAGUGUUUAUUGUGCUUAGGACAGUAGAUAAAUAGUGUUUAAGGAGGUGCUUUUACGUGUGAUUUACUCUGCUGUCAGGCUCAGGAGCUGUACCAGCUGAUCGAAGGGCAGAACAGUACGCUGUGUAAGCUGAGAGAGAUGGUCCACCACAACCAGCUCCCUCAAUGCAAGGUGAGACGUCGUGCAACACUUAUCCUGGAUCUUUUCUUAUCAGCGAUUAGAAACCUCGUCUCAAGGCUUAUGACAUGCUGACUUUGGGCUUUGGUUUGGUCCCUCCUUUUCCAGGCUCCAGAGGGGGCCAGUGAGUCCUUGACACUCGCCCAGCUGCAGGGUGAGCUGGUUAGCGUGCAGAGCUCCCUGUUCUCCCUCGGUCUGGAGCUGGAGGCCAGCCAGAGGAGUCUGAGGCAAAGCCAGAGACAAGGAGAGGACCUUGUGAGGUUCAAGGAGCGACUCAACUCUGAUCUGCAGGAGGUCCUGCAGCACAGAGAGCUCACUGAAAAACACAACCAGGUUAGUAUGUUUACGUUAAUGCAGGAAAACCAAAUUAAAAACCAGUUCUCUGACCUCACUGAAUCACCUCUCACCUUUUGUCCGUCAGGAUCUGCGCGGCGCCCUCCAGAAAUCUUGCUCUGAGCUGCAGGCUAAAGAAGCAGCUCUGAAGGAGAGCGAGGCAGAGAGACACACGGUGCUGCAGGAGAAAGAGAGGAGCAUCACCCAGCUCAAACGCUCUCUGCAGGACAAAGAGCAACAGUUACAGGUUAGUCCUACCUUUUUAUCUAUCAUCAGGGCGAUAUCAGCCAAUCAAAGAUCAAUCAUAUAUUUCACAUUUUAACAGAUUUUAACAGAAUUUGCCUUAAAUAAUCCAGAGUAUAUGAUUUUAAAAAGCUUGUUCCCAAGUUUACAGUUUUCUCAGCCUUGUUUAAAACAACUCUCCAAGCAUAUUGUGACCCACAGUAGAAUAGAUUAAGUGCAGAAUGAUGCUCAAUAUUUUUUUAGUGAUGUCUAAUUUUGUAGGGUCAUGUUAAUAUUCCUCAGGGUUGCACUUUGGUAACCUGACACCUGCACAUACCUUUAAUGCUGUCUGACUUUGUAGGAGUACUCCGAGAUGUUGGACUUGGCAGGAAGCUCCAAAACAAGAGAUGGUCUGCUGGACAAACUCAAAGAGCGAAUUAAAGAUAGAGACCGAGCUCUGGAGGUAAGACACUCAAUUACAAAUACAUUCAUAUAGUCUGUCACUAGACUGUACACUGUGGGAUUCAUACCAUAGCCUUUAUUGCACACUGCAGUGAAAAAAGGAGGGCUUUACAUCAGAAAAUAGCUAGGCUUGCAUCUUGCAGCAGAUUAAAGAGCUGUAUACCGUGAUGCGAAUUCCUGACGCAGAGGGUCAGCAAAUUUCACAACACAAAAAAACUUUGUCGUAAACUGAUUGGGAUAAGAAGGAAAACCAUCACUGCAACCGUACAACAAAAAAGGAGUAUGUGAUACUUAAUCAUUAAAUAGUUUCAUAAAAGGGAUCAAAUUUUCCCCCACAAAUCAGAUGUUAGAAAAAAACCUCACUCUUAUACCCAGACCUAUGGGAACAGGAGCUAUAAAUACUCCCCAUCUGCUCAUUUUUGCUGUGAACUACCAACUUGGACACUGCACCAGAACAUGAUGAAUAUCACAGCUCAGGGUACCCAGAAUAGCAGCAGUGUGACUUUCUUCUCCUCCGUCGCUGUAGCGCUCCAUCGACGACAAGUUUCGCUGCGUGGAGGAGCGCGAGGAGCAGGUGAGGAGGCUGCAGCUGGCCCUGAGGGAGAAAGAGCGAGACCUGGAGAGACUGCGCUGCAUCCUGUCCAAUAACGAGGAGACCAUCACGGUAAACUUAAAAACUGAUGAGCAACUAUUCAACAAGUGGUUAGAUGCACAAUUAAGUAGAAAAAAAGGACAAGGAGCAUGACGCUUACUUUCUUUUGGAGGUUUAAUAGCCGUGUAAGAAAAAUACGAUUUAUUCUCUUUCUGGUUUGUUACCGAUCAGAGUCUGGACGGCUUGGUGCGCGGUAAAGAGCUCGAGCUGGAGCAGGCGGCAGAGGCUUACAGGAACCUACAGUGGCUGAAGCAGCAGAGUGAAGAGAAGGAGAGGCACACUCUGAGAGAGAAAGAUACCAUCAUCGCUCAGCUACAGGCUGCCCUACAGGCACACAGUCAGGAGACGCAGGUAACACACACACUCACACACACACAAACACAAACUAUGCCUUCAUUGUCAGGGUUCUCAUUUGUAUGCAGCGUAUUUUUAAAGAGCUUGGACUCCCCGUAGAAGAACCUGUGCUACUCGUUUCUCCUUUGACAAAUGCAGCAGGUGUGCUGACACAGCCGUUCCUGUGUGUGUGUGUGUUUUGUGUGUGUGUGUGUAGGAUCUGACGGCGGCCCUCGUUGCCCGAGUUCAGGCUGGUCCCUCUGAGGUUGUAGAGGAGUUGAAGGCUCGAUUGGCACUGAAGGAGAAACUCUUUGAAGAGCUGCUAACAGACCGCAGCCGUCAGUCCAAUGAGCACCAGGCCCAGGUGCAGGACAUGCUCAACACCCUGAGCUCCAAAGACCAGUAUCUACAGGUAUGAAAACGUUUCUGGGGCAGGUUAGUAACGCAACCAGGGAGAAAAAGAAGCUUUAAGUCUGAAACCUUUUCGAUCCGCUCUCACAGGACUACUCGUACAGGCUGUCUGUUGUGAUCAGCGAGCAGGCUGGUCAGCUGCAGGAGGUGCGCAGACAGCUGUCAUUACGAGACCAGGAGCUGUGCGCACUGAAACGAGACCGGGAGAGGGAGAUGCUGGGAGGAGAGACAGAGCACCUGAGGAGUCUGCUCAAAGAGAAAGAAGCGUUUAUUAAGGUAUCAUCUUCAACUCCCCUUCUUUCUUUUCUUUCCAGCUUGUCCUCCUUUAAACCUGAUUAAACUUUACUGUAAACUUUAACCACCAGGACCUGAUGCAGAGUCAGGAGGCGGCAAUGCAGCCGUCCUCUAAAGAGAGCGAGGCAGAAAUCAAGGCUCUGCAGGAGGAGCUGCAGCUGGUGCUGAAGAAGGAGAGGGAGGCUCAGGUAUGUGUACCGUCCUGGUGAUAAGUCAUAACUGAAUCUUGUUUUUUUUCUUCUCCUGGUUGAAAACUUUGUUUACUCUCUGCAGAGGGAGCUCUCUGCUCUGCAUCUGUCUCUAUCUCACCAGAAGGCCACAGAAGCAGACAGCACUGAUCAUCAAGUAAGUUUUUGCUUGAUUUUUAGUCAAGCUAGAGAGUACUUGGCUUUUUCAUUGCUUAAGAAUUAUGCAUUUUCUCUCCUUUUCCACUCUAAUCCAGUGUGUGCUGGAGCAGCUUGUGUCAGAGUACAACAAGCUGAAUGAUGCCCUCAGGGUAGAGAAGAGACUAUACCAAGAUUUAGCACACACUCAUACAAAGAGUGACAGGUAGGUUGGACGCUGCAUGCAGAUCUUGAAUUCAGGAAGUUACAGCAUAUUUAUUGUCCGAUUCGAUGACCCUUUCUCCCCCUCUUCAGCUCGGAGAAGAUCCAGGCCCUGCACACUGAGCUGGACUCGGUUCAAGCUCUCCGCAAACAGCUGGAGGAGGUUUUGGCCAGGACUCGAAACAUGGCAUUGCUGAUGGAGCGGGCAGCCAAAAGGCAGCCUGACUUUGGAGGUGGGGACGGGCGGGGUUCAGCCACCAGGGCGACAAAGGGCACUGUCUGAUCACAGCACUGUUUGUGUGUCGAUGGCACUCUUGAUGUGAGACGGGGCUGUCUGCAGCUUCUGAUGGUCUAAUCUUGGAAAUCACAGUCUUGUAGUGAAACUUCUUUAAAACAAUCAUAACAAUCUGACCGUCAGCCUUCAGACAGCUCUGUCCUGACAAGCACAAGCACUACUCACAGUAGCAGAAGCCUGUCGAGAUUAACCUAAGCUGUAUGAUGUGGCAAAGUGCAACCUGGAGUCUUAUUAUUUAUUGACCUACUUCGUGAGUGUCUGUGUGAAUAUGUUUUUUGUUGUUUUUUACAUUGUUCAUGAAAGCUGCCUGCGUAUUGCUUUGCAGUGCGACUGUUCUGUAUUGCCAUUUCUGUGUACUGUCUCUCACCGGUGUUACUCUUCCAGCCUUACUGUCACAGUGAAGUCCCGUGUUGUGGAGAGACUCAAGCUCAUGCCUUACAGUGAAACGUCUCAUCAUCCUCCAUUUGUUUUAAAUCAUCUGUUUGUAACAAGAUGUGAACGCGUAACAAGGCCCGAGACACAAAUCCAAAAAAGAUGGCCGAGUAGUUUCCCUCACUUCAGUUUCACCUUAGAUUGAAAACACAUUAUCCAGUGCUCGUUCGAUAGACAGAGAUGCAUGAAAAUAAGGUCAGCCACAGUAUCUGUAUUCUUAUAUAUGCAUUAUUUGUAGCUUCAGCUAUGUAGCAAGAAAACAGGAAUUCAUCAUAUAAAGUCAAUUUGCUGUUUAUUCUGUACUCAGUAUAAAUCACAUAAGAUGUGAAUGCCAGAAAUAAUACUCACACACUCAAUAUUUAUCGUAGAUAGAGAACAUUUUCUCAGGAUUUGUGCCCUUAUCUCUCAUCUGACUUCAGAGAUGGAAUCCUUGUCAACAUUUCUUUUUGUAUUUUUCAUGCAACAACAAUAAAAUGUGCCCGCUUUUUUGUGGAAAAGUUUGUUGUGUACAAUUGGGAAUUUAUCUUAAGAAUAUCCCAACCCUGAAAUCCCUCUCUUGGUCCCUGAUUUACCUUACCUCUCAUCUCAGAAACAGCCCCACAAUGAUGUCCUCCUCAGUCUCCCCCCCAAGUUUUUCCUGAACACAUUUGAUCAAUUUGUUAUUGAUGCAUAUUAACAUUUUGGCAAGAUACCUGAAUAAGUGUUAAUACAUCCAAAUGUUUAAAAUCAGUUUAAGCCCAUGUCCAGUUGAGUGUUUCUCUUCAUGUCCCUGCGCCCUCAUGCAUGACAUUGUGGCAUGGUGUUUUAAUGUUUGCAUGGCUGUUCUGCUGUGAUGCAAAGUCAAAUAUUCACACCAUAUAAUUCAACAUUAACAAAACAAAAAGGGUUUCAUAUCAGCCCAUACUACUGAAUAAGUUUAAAACCAUGAAAUAUGAGUUAUAUACAAAGUUUUAACUAGUUCCCUAUAUGAGUGGGAAUAGUUUGUAGUGCAGCAGUGAGUGUAAACAGGGCCCCACAUUCACUCAGUGCUUACAGAGCACAUUGUUGAAUCAAUAAUAACCCAGCAGAUACACUCACACAAAGACAUUGCAGAGUGAUAAACAGUGUUUGAAUUUCUCCUGAGGAUAAAUAAUCCCAUAAUAAAUCACAAAGGAACUGUAGAAACACACCCAUACAGACACACGUCUCAGCUGUGUAUUAUUAGACCCUGUUAUAUAAUGCGAUUUUCCUUUUAAAACUGGCCAGUCACUUUCCCCGAGCCUCUGCCUCUAGGCAAUAAGUGUGCGAGUGUUUAAAAUACUUCAGAGCAGAAAAGUUAAGUUUUGCUGCUCAUGUUUCCCCGUUUGGCGCACAAUCAUCCCUGACAUUUCAUGCAAGCCGGUAUAAACCAUCUAAACUGUUCCAGCACAUUUGGGUUUAGGUCUAAAUGAUGUUCCUCCCCUUCUCAUAAAUGGUACACACACACUCACACACCAUGCUUUUUGGCUAGGUUGCACUGCUCUGAGCGUGAAUUUGGCUGGCUGCUACAAUGUAUGACAUAACAUUUCCCCUUAGUCCCAUGACUUCCAGAGUGGUGAUUCAGUGUACGGGCAGACUCUUUAAAGAAAAGAGAGGACGCUAGAGAGAGAGAGAGAGAGGACAUAAAUGAAAAGAGCAGAGGAUUCAGAAAUAAACAGAGGAUAACACUCAGUCUGUUUAUGGUUAUUGUGUUUCCAGAGCUUAGCACAGAAGAAGAAGAAGAGGAGGAGGAGGAGGAGGGGGAGGAGGAGGGAGACAAUGAAGAAGGCAGCAGUGACGAGUUCACCGACAGCAUAGAAGAGGAUGAUAAAGUGACAUCCAGGAGCUUUCAGGUAAAAAAAUCUCCUCUUGGUUCACGGCUGAUUUAUGGAGCUAUUAAAGAUUUCUCUCAGAUGAUAUUUUCUACCUGGUCCCAAGUCUAAAAUAGAGAAACAAAUGUGUUUUCUCUGACUUUUCUGUGCAGGCUGGUGGACCUGUGUGUGUGACUGGAGCAGCAAAAGGGGGAGUAUACCAGAGAGCUGAUGUACAGCAGCUGGAGGAAGAAAAGAGAACGCUAGAAAGCCAGCUUGAAGAAAUGAAGUUCCAGCUGGAGAGGGAUGGAUACAGCUCUGUGGCUCAGAUGAGGUGCAUCUUUGUUUGAGAACUCCAGGAAACAUUUGAUUUUGAGUGUUUAAGAAGACACUGGCACAUGAAUUGUGGAUGUGCUGUACUCUUAAGCUGUUUGUCUCUGUUUGUCUCCCCCCCUCCAGGAGUGAUCUCCAGAGGCUGCAGCAGGAGAACCAGGCUCUGAAGGAAAACAAGGGAAGAGCCCCAUUUGAGAGUCUGAACCAAGACAGGGAAGAAGAGGAGGAGGAGGAAGAGGAGGAAGAGGACAGUUUUGAGGAGGGGGAUGAUGAAGAGGAGGAAGUUUCUUCCCCUUCAAUGUCAGUGGGAAAACGAGGUCAUCCGAGUGUCAGUCUGAGUGGAGAGCGAGGGAAGAGGCAGUGCAUGUCACAUCAUCACACCCAGCAGCCUGACAUGGUAAGUCAUGAUUAAACAGAUUACAGGGAUUAUGUCUUUUUAAAUCAACCACAGAAACGUGCACUUUUUUUCUCUCAUUUGUAGCUUUGGAUUCUUGAUCAUCUUAUCUUUGAUUUAAAUAGCAGGUACACAGGAGAUUAAAAACUAAAUAGUAGCAUAUUAAGAAGGAGUCCGCUAUUUUAGCUGUUAAGCCUCACACUUGCAAUUUGCCUGUGCACAGCAGUCAAUAUCACACACACUUGUUCAUCCUUAGAGCUGUCAUUCUGUUGUCAGUUUCUUGUUUCCUAUGAUUAAUCUUCAGUAAAAGCCCGUCUAAUAUCACUUUACCUCCGUUUUCCCUUGAACACAUGGAAACCUGACCUCUGUGCACGCUGAGUCUGUAUCUGUGCGUCACAUGACUGUAAAAUAUAACCCUGCCAGCUCAGACAGUUUAUACAUUUUCUCUAACAGAGUAUUCCCACUUGAGCCGGGUCAUGACAUUCUGAAGCUGGUUUAGGUCGUGUGACAGGAUCAUGAGUGUUCCCCCUAUAUUAUGUAUCUGCAGAGGUGGGGGCUUCAGUUUCAGGACCUCAAUUCUGGGAUCAUAUCUCCUGGACUCUUGUAGUAUUUCAACUGUUAAGAGGCGUGUCAGGAUUUACAGGGUCAACAGUGUGGGUUAGAAGUUAAAAAUCGUUGACUCUGUUGACUGUGUCCGAAAUGAAUCACUCGAUCCCUAACCCCUAACCUUCAUAUGGGGUUCCACUAUAUAGCUGACUAUGUAGUGAGCUCAAUCACCCAAGUUUUUUUUUCUUUUAACGCAAUGCAUGAUGGGAUGCCCACCACCGGUGAGUGACCAUCGGAUGGUCACUACAUUUUGCAAUGCUCUAUAGGAAAUUUUGAGUCACCUAUAUGGGGCAUUGGAAUUGAUCACUCAGGUUUCGGACACCCCCAUAUAGUCGCCUAUAUAGGGGUUAGGGAUCCAUUUCGGACACAGCCUUAGUCUCUACACCUUUAGCGUACACAGAGUGUCGUGUUGUCAGUAAAUAUUGAUGUCUAAUUCAAUUGGGUUCAAUCCAAUUCUAGCGUCCCUCUACUGUCUUCUCGUCCAUUUUAGAAUUCAUUCUAGAAUUUUAUUGUUUGUUUUUGAAUCUUUAAACAGAUCGGCACCACAGUACAUCUCUGACCUCUUAAAUGUUCCUUGAGGUCUGCUGAUCAGCUCUAACUUAUUUAAAAGCCUGUGGCAACCGAGUUUUCUUGGCUGUGGAACAAAUUGCCACUGGAGAUUUAAACAUCCCCCACUUUUUCUACUUUUAAAUCACGUCUAAAAACUCAUUUUUAUUCCUUGGCUUCCAGCUCAGCAUGAGAGUUGUGUGAUCUUUAUCCUUUUAUGUCUUUUAUGCUCCUUUUAUCAUUUUUAUUUCUUUUUGCUUUUGUGUUUUUAUUUCAUUUAUUUAAUGUCAUUUUAAAUGUUUUUUACUCACUUUUAUUUAUUUCCUCUUGAUGUUUUCUGCAGUGAUUGUUUUUUUUAAUUUUACUGUGCAGAACUUUGGUAAACUUUAAUGUUUUUUAAAAUGUGCUGUAUAAAUAAAGCAGAUUGGAUUGGAUUGGGUACAAUAGUUAAGUGUUUUGACAUUGCAUUUCAUAUCACAGAAAAGUAUUGUUAUAUUUCUUUCUCUAAUAUUUUGCAGCCUUAUGUUGAGGUUGUUUCUAUUGUGAUCAAAGAGAGCUGUAGUUUGUGGAUAAAUUUGGCUAAAGUCAUCGUUCCCCUCGUUGAACAAAGCAAUGUUUUGUUGCAGAUGUCUGCACCGUCUCCAGGCCCUGUCCUCCUUUUCUUUGCAACUUGUCAUCACUGACAGCUCCACUGAAAGGCUCUGUGUUUGUGUUUUGGUUUUAUUGGGACUGUGGUUGUUUGAAUCAGUAAUGUAGUUUCUAAAUUGUCGUUGCAGGGCGGGGAUGACAGCGGUGAGGUGGGAGAGCUCUGGCAGAACAUGGAGGAGGGUCUCCGUGAGCAGACAACUCGACUCCAGUCUGACCUAGCUCUGAGCCACCAGGAGAACCGAGAGUUGCAGGAGAGACUGAUGGUGUCUGAGGCCACGGUGCACGCUCAGGCUGAACAGCUGAAGGAUUACAGAGACCUGCUCAGUGAGUCCUAUUUUAGUAGACAACAUACAAGAACUGAAAAAUGUUCCAGUACUUUUUAGUGUACUAAAAUUAGACUCCUCCUGAUCCUUCUCUGUAGCUGAGACAUCUGUCCAGCAGGCCAGUAAGCAUGUGCAGGUGGAUCUCCAGGAUCUGGGUUAUGAGACAUGUGGUCGCAGUGAAAACGAGGCAGAGAGAGAGGAUGCCAGCAGCCCAGGUGACAAACACAAUAGAUUACUCGCAAACCAUCAUUUUUCCUCCUCUCUUGUUAAACACUCGCUCUAACCCUCAUCAAUCAUGCAUUAAUCUCUCUCUCUCUUUUCUCAGAGUUUGAUGACCUGGAGAUGUGCACAUCCCUAUCCCAUCAGCAGGACUAUGAUGGCGUGGGCGGUAGCUGGUACACUGGGAGCUGCAACAGCAACAGAGGUGCUUAUGAAAUGGAGGAUGAGUCAGCAUCUCUGCACAAUCUGGUUCAGGAUCUUCGCUCACAGCUGACCCGCUGCCACAAGGUGAUCCGUGGGCUGCAGCUCCGAGUCCGCUCCUUGUCCACCACCAGCGACUACGCCUCCAGCCUGGAGCGUACGCCGCGGAAGGUGCAGCAACAUUAACCAGCUGCUCUUUGUUUUUGUUUUUUUGUGAGAACAUUUAAAUGAAUCAGAUCAGUCAUGACAUGUUAUGGCUCACAUUUUAGGUAAACUGGGCUUUUGAGACGUCACCAGCUCCCAGCGGCGUGGAGGAGGACGAAGGCUGGAUGUCCGACUCUCAAGGGAUCCGCUCAGGCUCUAAGCCCAGCAGGGAGCUCCAAGAACUGAUGGCAAGAGUCGCGUCACUGGAGGCACAGCUGAAGAGCUCCAAACUGGAGGGCAAGGAUCAAGCAGAGGAGGGGAAGUGUGCCACCUGGCCCGGGUAAGAGGAAGAGACGGAGGAGUGGAUGUAGCAGAUAGCAUUAAAAGAAAGGUUUUGCUGUUGUUUCCAAAGGCAACUUAGUAAACACAUGAACACAAGGAUGUCUGCUCCCAUGACUUGUUUCCCUCAGGGACCUGAAGCAUCUCUAUUAACACUGUGACUCCUUGUGCUCAUUCAGGAAGUACAACUCUCUGAUCCAGACGCAGGCUCGUGAACUGUCCCACCUGAGGCAGAGGAUGAGAGAAGGGCAGGGGGUCUGUCACAUACUCACACAGCACCUGGGCGAGACCACCAAGGUAGAAGAAACCCCUCAGCUUUCAUUAUAUUCUAACUUAAUCCAAACUCCACAACCAUGAGUGUUUAAUCUUUGUAUCUGUCAGGCCUUCGAGGAACUGCUGCGGGCCAAUGACAUCGAUUACUACAUGGGUCAGAGCUUCAGAGAGCAGCUGGCACAGAACUCUGCUCUGGCACAAAGGGUGGUCGCUAAGAUAAGAGGACGUAAGGAGCCUUUCCUCAUCCUCUAAAUCCCACAAGAACAUACGCUCAUAGUUUAAGAGUCACUUUUAUUGGCCUGUUGUUGUGUUUUGUUUCCAAAUGAUCCAUUCUGAAGACCGUUUACUGUCUCUUUUCCAGGUGAUCCAGCGGAGAACCAUGAUGACAAAACAGGCCAUGAGUUGCUGGCUCUAAGGUGGGUUAGCUUGAUUGCUAGAAGCGCAUCAUUUAGCGUACGACAAGGCAAAAUUGUGGUCGAAUGAGGGCUUUAAUUUCUGUUUCAUUUCCCUUAAAACGAGCGUCACUGUCAACAUCUGUGAAUUGUUUAAAGACAAACUAAAGAGUGUGGUGGGAUUGUGGUUUUGUGUCUGAAAACUCAAAAACUAAAUAUCAUUUUAAAAGAAGAAAUCAGUAUGUGCAAAGUCUUUGUUUCUAUUCCAUUAGACGGGCUGAUAAACCCAAAAGCUGUAAUUCUAUAUGUCCGCAGCAAUAGUCAUUAAAAACACCUGCACAAGUGUUUUUUUGUGGACGUCCUAUGAAGUGAUGGGUUUUCUGUGUGGAGCAUUUACUCCACAGUGAUUAGUUUUCUACGUCAUGUGACAGACUGCAGCACGCGAGCAUGGCUCCUUAUGGUGUAAGGACAUAGACGGUUCCUGUUAAUCCAGGCACACACAGACCUGGACACAGCAUGAACCUCUUCUUAAGUUGCUUUAGCUGAAUGGACUUACAGGUGUCCCACCAGAUGGGCUUAAAGCCUCUGUGACUGUGUGACAAACCUCCACUCGUGUCACUUCUCUCAGUAAGACCCUACCUGGAUGUUUUAUUCUUCUGUUUCAAAUCUAAGGUUUCCUGGUUUAGCAUUGAGAGGAAGGAGACAUCUCUGGAUUUUGUCUUUUUUCCUUUUGUUGUUUUUUGUAUUUCUGCUGUCCAUCAAGAGUUUGACCGUAAUUUUUUGUCUGGACUGGUGGUGCAAUGGCUCCUCUGUGGAAACAUAUGAUCUCUAAGAACAGCUCAGUUUACAGAGACUCACUGUGGUCUUUCUCUGCGGGCCGAGGCCAAACAAGAGAGACAGCUCUCUUUAGGGUGCUGUCAGAGACGGACAGGGAGAUCAUGCUGCAGAAACUUAAACAGUAAGAUGAACAGGACUGUUACCUCUUUACUUUAAAGCUCUGUCAUAUGAUCACAUGAGAGACUGUGAGCACUGGCUUUGUUUUACAGACAGGGUUGAAUAAUGAUAUUGAUUUAUAUAUUCUGCCAUGGAUCAAAUUUAAGAUAUAUUCAGUUGGUUCAGGUUGGAUUCCUGUUUUGCUGAGUUUGUGUUCAGUUCUUGAAACAUCAACAUUAAAUUUCAGUUUAUUUUUCUACAUUUUUCAGUCAAAUCAAAUAUAACAAUGUACUUUAUGUUAGAGUAGAAUAAAACAUCCAAUUCGCAUGAGACUUGCGCCUGAUAUUGCUGCCUCUUUUGCUCAAAAAUGCGCUCAUGUUUUUUUUUAUUUAGUCAUUAAAAAGUUGCUGAUGAAUCUUUAUGUUCGGAGUAGAAGAAGAGACUUUAGAAAAUAAAAGUGCAAACAUAAUUAUUUGUUGCAGGCCAGCAUGAUUUUCCUGUCAGCUCAGAGAAAAUCAGCUGUUCGAGUCUUUUCACAAACAUGUUACUCUGUCAUUAGUUUUCUCUUCAGAGGUUAACACUGAUCCUGUCCUCUGCUCCUGCAGGCUGAGUAAGGAGCUCCAGCACAAAGACAAAAUCAUUGAGUCGCUCCACACCAAGCUGCAGCAGCGUCCAGAGACCCCAUCCAGCUGCCAGGCCCUCUCUGAGACCACUGACCAAUCAGACAGAACCUCGCUGGUCUCUGAUGAGUACAGGACCAAUGAGGACUUGGAGCUGUGCUCUGAUUUGGAUGCUCGAGAGUAUCAGGAGGAGCAGCGUCUGCGGCAGCAGGAACACGGAUCAGAACAAGACGGUAUUGCUCAUGUUCAGAUUUUACUUUCUUGUCUUUUAAGGCUUUCUGUAUCCUUCAUAUUUCAUUCCCCUCCUUCAGUCCGUCCAUCUCUCCUUCCUCCUUAUGGUCCCCUCAAGUCCUCCAACAGCUGUCCCAACAUGCACUGCUCAGCCCCUGUGGGUUGUCAGUCAUCCACAGGUAGGGGACUCAAAGCUAGAUGUGACUUGAUAUCCUCCAUGUGGCACUUUUCUUUCCUCUUCUCUUACUUCAUACUCUGUCCCUCUUACUGCCUGUCCUUCCCCACCAGCCCCUCUCAGGCCGCCCGUCUCCUUCUCCUUCUCUGUCCCCUAUGGCCCUGACGUCUGGGGUAAAGAAGUCCCUUCUGACCCCUGGCCUCGGGCCCUCUCUGUGAUCGCUGUUCGUCCUGAGCUUGACACGCUCUACAAACAGAUGAAUGAGCAGAACAGGGGUGAGGGGUCAGGGGGCGUGUGCCAUGUGGGACAUAAAUCUGACAAGUGUGAAACAAAGACAGAACUUUCAUGCUCCUCCUCUCUUCUCUGUGUGGUUUCAGGUUUCACAGGUCCCCAUGACCAGGCGUUGUACCCUCUUUCACCUGGAGCCCACAACCAGCACAACCUGUCCAGUAGCUACAGCCAGCUUUCCCAUCAUGCCUUUCAACAGUACCAACUGGGUGGAAUUCCUGAAAGUCACUCGCUCAAGUCUGAUUCCGGUCUGAUGACAGGGGGGACUCUGUGGGACGUGGAAAACAUGGUUCAGCAGGUUGGAGGCUUUUCCGGGUCACCGGGACAUCAGCAGGGAGGCAGCCAUGCAGGUGUGAGCGGAGUGACUGACCUGUUUUUACAAAAAUACAAGAGUUCAGGAAGAGAGUUCAGAUAUUUAUAUUAAAACUCUGCUCCAGGAAGAGGUGACAAUAUUAUAUAUCCAUUGUCUGUAGGAGUAAAUUUAAUAGAGGAACACCUGAGGGAGGUGAGGUGUCUGCGUCAGCGUCUGGAAGAAUCCAUCAGGACUAAUGAGAGGCUUCGACAGCAGCUGGAGGAGAGGCUGGCCACUACCGGGCGUGAAGGAGGUAACAAACCCUCAAAACUACAAUAAAUACAACAGCCGCUGUCCUAUUUUACUUUAAAAAUUAGAUUGAAUCAUUUUCUUCUGUUUUGUUUUCAUCCAGGAGCACCAACGAACAUCUACAUUCAGGGCCUGGACUCAGUCUCCCAACUGUCCAAUGAAAUCAGAGUCCUGAAGGAGGAGAACUUGAGUCUGCAGUCACGUCUGCAGGCCAGCACAGGUGCUUCACUGGAAAGAGAAAUGUAAAAGAAAGAUUUGAUGAUUUUCUGUCAGGAUGUGAAUGAUAAAAAAAAGUUUGGACAUUUCUCUCAGACUCCUGUGAGGAGCUGGUGCAGCUUCGGGAGGCGGUGUUCACAGCUCGCACUCGCCUGAAACAAGCCGAGCUGGAGGCGGAGCAGUGGAAGGAGGAGCUGAGGCGACUUCAGGUUCACAGUCAGGAGCAGGGCCAGCAGAUCCACAUGCUGAGGCAGGAGCGACAGGGCAGUCAGGAGAAAACCAACAGGUCAGUGUGUUUGUGAACCACACAGUGACAGAAACAUUUAACCUUUAAACUUUGAGUUUCAAUUUCUGGUCUCUGAUGUGUGUUUGUGUGUUCACAGGCUCCAGCAUGAGGUGUCUCUGCUGCAGCAGCAGCUCUGUGAGAGCAGAGAGCUCAUCCACUCCCUGCAGAGUGAACUCCAAGUGUAUGACCGGGUCUGCUCCAGCACUAAGUCCAGCAAAGGUUAGCCUUAUCAUGGAAAACAGGCUUUGUUAUGGUUUUUUGGUAACACUUUACUUGACACUUAUCUCUAUAACGCAUUAUAACUAUAUGUAUAAUGUGUUAUAAUCACGUUAUAUCACUGUAUAACUAUAGUUCUAAACACUCAUAAAUGAUCAUAAUGCUUUAUAGCAAUAAUCAUAACACAUUAUAAAGCAUUUUAUCAUGACUUACAAGGUCAGGGAUUAUAAUGUGUUAUGCUUGUUGUUAUAAAGCCUUAUGAUAAAUUAAUGAGUGUUUAUAUGAUAGUUAUACAAGUUUAUAAGCAAAUUAUAACACAUUAUAAUACCUGACCUUGUAAGUCAUGAUAAAAUGCUUUAUAAUGUGUUAUGAUUAUUGCUAUAAAGCAUUAUGAUCAUUUAUGAGUGUUUAUAACUAUAGUUACACAGUGCUACAAUGUGAUGAUAACGCAUUAUGCAUAUAUAUUUAUAAUGUGUUAUAGAGAUAUGUGUCAAGUAAAGUGUUACCAUUUUUUUCUUCAAGUGUUUGUCUUCAGGGUUUCUUUUGUAAUUUUGUUCUUCAGUGUUACUUGAUGAGAGAAGCAGGAAAGACAUUCUGGUAGCUCUAAGGACUGUGUUUAAUUUCUCUAAAAGAUACUUUUAAAAAAGCUGUCAGGAUGCUACAAUCACAAAUGUCUCUUCAAGUUUGAUCGUAUUAUAGUGUGUUGUGUAUCUUCCUCAGACCCAGCAGUGAUGUGUAUUUUCGUCCUCAGGUUACCUUUGUGAGCUGCCUGGUCUGCCUGUGGAGCUGGGAGAGCUGCUCGGGGAGGUGAGGAGUCUGCGAGCACAACUGCAAACCAGCGUCCAGGAGAACAGCGCCCUCAAACAGCUGGAGCUCCACAAGCAGCUGGAGCAAAAGCUGGGUGCGGUUUCUCCUCGUACUCCUUCUCUCUCCGCCCUGACUGCCAGCCCACAGAGGGAGAACUUCUACAGGCGGCAGCUGCUGCACGGUGAGACAGAGGCCUCUGAAUACUAACAAAAUACUUGUGAAGAUGGUUGUGAGGCUCGGUGUGCUGCAGUGUGGUUUGCUGUGUUCAAGCCUGGUUUGUACAUCUGUGUGCUCCACAGACCCUGCCCCGUCUCCACCUGUCAGGGACAUUGGUCUGUUUAACUGUGGAUCCCCUGGUCCUCCCUACUUAGACCUGGACGACAGCCAUAGCACUGCCAAUGGUGUGACUCAAACUGAUCUGCAUGACUGCAGCUUUAUUUAAUUUUAAUCUUUUUAUAGUAAUAAUUCCUCUUUGAGCUAAUUUGCAUGAAGAACUAAUCAACUCUUUUUGAUAAUGUCGCCCAGAUCUCUUUUAAAAAAAUAAAUCCUUAAUCCCUCUCUUUCCAGACCCUCUUGAUCCUCACUCUGAGCUGGAAGGGGAUGCACCUGACGGAUCAUAUGCAAACCGCAAUGGCCGUCAUGCCAUUGGCCAUGUGGAUGAUUUCACUGCUCUUCAGCAGCAGGUUCUGGAGGGUCGCAGCCUUGUGCAGCGCAUGGAGACCACCCUGCAGGCCUGCCUCGGCCCAGCGAUGCUGGAGGGGGAACAGAAACAGAGCAGUGAACUGGUAGGUGCUAAAAAAAAAAAAAAAGGGUUGUUGCUUUAUUUAAAUAUAAGAGUGACUGGAUGAUAAGUUUCUUCUCAUUGUGCCAUGUUUGCAGAUCCUGGACUAUGGCUGUGUGAAGAGUCUGUUGUCCAACACAAAGACUCUGAAGCAGAUCCUGGAAGAAGCCAUGUCUCUUCUGAAGAUGUUCUGGAGGGCAGCUCUGCCCAGUACUGAUCCCUCCGUCCAAAACCUGAAGAGGGUUUGUGAAACAAUAUCCUCAUUUUGAACACAGAGUGCUGGAGUUUAGUGAAGUAUUGUGAUUAACAAGAAAAGAGCUGCGCGCUAAACAUCAGUCCUAGUAUUCUUGCCUCUGGUGCAGUGGUCAGAUAAGAUAAUUCAAAGACGCUGUAGAGGACUCACACACAGAAAAAUGGCAAAGACAAAUUGUCAAUAGUGACUUUUGCACUGACGAUAGUCGAUUGAGACUGAAAUGUUUGCUGCUUAUUUGUUUGAUCCUAGCAAUAAAAUGGAUCCAACUUUUUAAGACAUUUGUCUUUUCCAUCUUUCUGUGUGCGAGUCCUCUGCAGCCUCUUUGAAUUAUGAAAUGUUCCCAUCAAAGAACAAGUUGAUGGUGAAGAAGAUGUAAAAAGUCUAUAAAAGGUUGUGCUCCUUAAUGGAGUGUCUAUAAAAGAAAAGGUUCGAAGCAGGCUGGACCCAUCAUUCGCUGUCAUUUUUUGGGGUUUAAAAGAGGAAAAGAAACAUGUAUCUGGAUACUUACCAGUUUAUGUUUGGAAAGAAAUCAGAUAACCAUGCCUUCAUAAUGAAUGCCACUUCAUGUUCUGUGUGUGUGUGUGUGUGUAUAGGAGCAGUGUAUGCAGGAGGAGAUCUUGUCCCUGAAGCUGCGUAUAUCAGAGCAGGAGGAGGUUCUUAGAGGAACAAUUCAAAGGCUGAGGAACACCAGUCGCACCAAGGAGAGCAUGGAGCACUUCAUAGUCAACCAAUGUGAGUGUUUCUGAGCGUUUCUAUGCUUGUACAUGAUGUUAAUAUGCAGCGGCACUGCAAUCCAGUCCAGUAAGAAUGAGAUCCCUGUAGCCAAUUUUGCACAUCAUUUACUUAAAUGUUGAGGAUCUCAAAGUUUGGGCGUGGUUUUGAACCCUAAACUGGCCAGUAUAAUGUCCACAGAUCUAACAUAAGAAAAUGAGUUUUUGGGAUGCAGUGAUUUGAGUUAUUUUCAUGCUGUCUCCACUUGUUGUUUUGUAAUAAUCAUGUUUUCUUGUUCCACGACAGUAUCAAGGACUCGUGAUGUGUUAAAGAAAGCAAGAACAAACCUCGAGGUGAGCUGAAAUCCUGCCUCAGACAGUUAUGACUCGUAAGAUAGAUAAUCUGUGUGCAUUCUCCAUAGGUCACAGUUUUAUGUGUAUCUGUACUGUAUGUUGUGACACCCCUGGUAACCUUCUCUUUGAUAUUUCUGAUGUAAAUUCAUCACUUUAUGGCCUCUGUGUCUCACUUGUCCCUUGGUCCUACAUUUGUUUCCUCCUCUUCCUCCUUUAAACCCUCCAGAAGAAUGAGCUGAGACUCUCCUCUCUAAGCUCCUCCUCCUCUUCCUCCUCUCCUUACACUGGUAAAUUGUGUGACAUCUCGUGAUCUUGAAUAGUGGUAGACGUUGUCCCAGACGCCCCAUAAUCGAAAUAUAGUUCAUGUGUCUUGGUAAACUGGAAGUGUAAAAAUAAAUGUGAUAACGGCUGUGUGGUCUGGGGCAGCGUUUACCUCUCUGUGGAUUUUACUCUAACCACGCUGACAUCAUGGCUUUGCCAUCGUGUCUGACAGUCAUCUCCUUACUGCUCUGAUUUGUGUUUUUGAGUUAAAAAGUUAAAGCAGGUUUUUAUGUCUUUGAUUUCUCCUGAACACACACCACUGACACUGUAUUGCAUAAACAAUGGUCUAAUAGGAACCGUUGCACUUCAGUGUUGUUUACUUCUAAAUGUCACAGAUUCUGUUGGUGUUGAGUCUAUUCAUAUCCACAGACCCCCACAGUAAAAGCUAAAGUUACUGCACACUGCAUAGUUUCCAAACUCUGUGCAUGUUGUCAAACACGAAAACACGCUACAGCUUUUAAAAUAGCCUGACUAAUUCCUGUCAUAAACAACCGGAUUUAUUCACAUUACAAGACAGAAUAACACAGACAGUGUGCAUGUGAGUGACUCAACUUUUCACCUGCAAGCCACUCAGCUGUGGGAGUGUUAUUGUGACUAACGUAACACAACGAACUACCUCUUGUUGUGGUUUAACUUUGAGAAGACUUAGUUCACGCUCAUGCUCAGUUAGCUUAGCUUAACAUGAAGAAGCAGUAUAGGCGGAAACAGCCCACUGAGUAUUUUUUUGGUCUAAAAGAGGUCUUAUAGACGUCAAAAUGUAGCCUAGACGACUGGUCUAAAAUCAGGCUACCUCAGGUCUAAAAUUGAAGGUUUUUCAGCCGUCAAAAUUUAGAUUAAGUUUAGACCAAGUCUAAAUCUGGGCUAUAUCUAUACUACACUGUAUAUUGCUCAAAAGUUAUCAUAAUAAUUUUGGUUAAGUACUUGGAGAUCAGUUAUGCAACUCACAGUUGCUUUUUGAAAUAAAUAGUUAUUGAAUAAUAGGUUAAAGUGCAACACCUAAAUUCUGUCUAAAAUAUACAGAAUCUAGACGGUUGAAAUUAGGUCUAAAAAAACUAGAUGUCUAAUAGCCGUCUAUUGCUCAGCGGGAAUGAGUUUGACCCAUGGUGAUAAGAUCCUUGGGUGGCUCCCAGCUAAGCUAAACACCUUGAACCUUUAACAUUUGCAAGUGUGAAGAAAAAAAAAAAACGGAUCCACGUCCAAUUAUUCCUUUGACAUUUCACUGCACCAGCUAUAUGCCAGCUUCAUCAGACCAUAGGAGGGUUGUCUGAUACUGACUAUCAUGUUGUUUCCCCCCGUCCCUCCAGCUGAGGACUCAGGAGGUGCUGCCAGAGAACAGCCUGCUGAUCACGGUGUCCUGAAGACCAGCAGUGCCUCAGGAGCUCCAGCCAAUCAACGUCCGGCAGCGAGGAAGCGCAGCAGCCAAUGCCUGCUUUAGACUUUUUUUUUUUAAAGAACCAGCCUCAAUGCCACCACCUCUGACCUCUUUUGUGAAACAGCCAAGACCCAUUAACCCCUCCCCCACACCAGCUUUUCCACCUGCCCCAUCUCACCUCUGCCUUUACCUCCACCCAAGCCGUGAGAGUGCUUCCACCUCUCCCUCUUCCAGGCACCUGUGCACAGAAUAAUCUGCACCUUUAGCCUUACCACACUCUCUCCAGCCCCUACUCUCAUAUUAUCUGCCACUCUUUGCCCCCUCCUGCAACGUGCAGUGUUGUCUUUGAGUGACACAGUCAGCAGUUUGCAGCCUUGUCAUGUGUGUGAUUGAAGAAAGUGUUUGAAAGGUGACUCUGGUGGAUUUAAGCGACGUUUGUCCUACUGAUGGAGCUGGUUGAAGAUGCUAGUAGACACUGAUCCCAGAUCCUAAGUUAAGGAAAGCUUUUAAUUCAGUUUAAGGGGUUUAUCACAGAAACUUCUAGGAUAAUUGUUCCUGACUGAAAUUGGAGAUUUUUAAAGAAGCAAAUUUGAGAUCUGUAGCUAUGAGCAUCUUCUCCUGAGAGCCUGUGGACAGUAAAGACGGUCAUGCAUGUUUAAUAGUGGCUUGUGGAAGGAAUUUUGCACACAUGAACACACACAUAUUUAUGAUUUAUAUCUAUGUGUGGUCUGAAUAGCUCACUCAAAGACAACACAUCCUUAACUCUAACUGCCACAGAAAUGCAAGUUUACUUUUCGUGGCAGUGAAAUGAACAAGGACUUUUUUUUGCAAGUGCAAUGCAAAAAAACAAAAAACAAAAAAAAAACAGUAACACCUACACCAGUAUUACAACACACACUAUGGAAGAAUGUAGAGUAGUUGUCUUCUAGCUACAUAUAUUUGAAUUUGUGGAGGAAGCUUAAGCCAGACAAAGGUUCCAUUUUAGUAAAACUGCCUCCUUGUUUUAGGUCCUAAAGAGACUUUUUGGGGGCGUCUUACUGCUGAAUUUUGAAACACAGAUUGAGACAUAUGCAAGGAGGUUAUUUAAAUGCGCAUUAGUGUGAUUUGUUGUGAUUUCUAGAAAGAAUGUACACUAUAAAUGUUCAAAAAAAGAGGUCAAAGUGCUGAAAUGGAACCAGGCUAAACACGCGUAUUCAAGCUCCUCUGAAGGAGUUCUCAUACGAGCAUGUGCAAUAAUGAUGUUGUUUCUUGAAUGAUCAUGCUGCACUGGAUUAUUAUUCUUACUUUGCUUGUCACUGGAUUACUAGUCACUUUCAUGAUCAGUGUUUGUACUUUAGUCUGGAAUAAUGAUGCAUGACAGAGAUUGUAAGUGGUGGAAUCGAAGCUUUGGAACAGGGGAUUGCCAAUACUUGCCAAAGUUUGACCUAUGAACUCUUUACUUUACUCGGACUUGCCUUAUCCAUGCGAAUGAGUAGUCCAUGUGUGACCAGACUACAGGGACACAGAGGUGUCUUUUUUUCAGAGGGCCUCCAGAACCACAGAGACGGUAACCGUUAGACGUAAACUUUUGAUUGCGACCGAGAUGAGCUCCUUUUUUGGACCAAAACUCAGUAGAGUGGAUUUUUAUUACCACAAAGCCGUAUGCUAUUGUCUUGAUGUUCUUUCUCUUGGUUCAGGCUAUCGUUACAUUCCCAUGGCAAUGGCAGUUUAGGUUAUAAAGUCCACAUAGACAAUGCAAACUUUGGCAGGCUACUGGUGGGAUCAUUGUUCUCCAAUUCAUUCUUUAUCCAGAUCCACUUUUGGUUUGAUGUGUUUAUUUGCUGUACAUUUGCCAUUUGAUGCUGUAAAUAGUCGUUUUCUUUUUUUCCUGUAUGAACUUUUCAUAUGAGUGAGUGUUCACGCAUGUGUGUGUCCGCGUGAGAGUGAUAAACCAUCCAACGUUUGCUUUUGCAAAGUUGAUUUUCUGGGUAGCUGUGCAAUAGCUUUAUAUCUUUAUUUUGAUGUUAAACAUCAUGGUGUUACAAGUAUGUUUGCCACAUUCACUUCCUGCAGAGUGUGAUUUAUAUGCAGUGUAUGCUUAAGGAUUGUGUCACUAAGAAAUGAAUUAGUCACAUAGGCUGUCUGAUAAGAAAAUCACAAACUAUGCCUUCAUUAUAUCUAAGCCACUGAUCACAUUAUCAUCCACCUAAAACUAAGCUCUGAUAAAUGUUGCUUCGCUUGCCUUUAAAUUAGCUCAGGGGCCUCCACACUCGGCCCUCAGAGGUAGAAAUGGCCUUGAACUAGCGCUUGUCUACCUGAGAUUUGCCAAAUUAGGUUUUGUUUGCGCUCGACUCUUUUGAAAAGACAAAGGUUGCCAAGUUUUUGGGUAGAUGUGAAAAGUUUGCCUUUAAAAGAAGAGAAAGUAAAAAGAAAAGUUUUGAGAAUUGCCUACUGUAAAGAAAAAAAGUCACUGGAAAGAUUGUGAGACUUUGGAUCCACAAAGCACCUUUUUAUGAGCGUAAACAAAGCCUUUUUGCUACUUGUUACUAGGAAGGGAAUCAAACAAUAGUUUGUAGUGAUGAACUUGAGUUGCGUUUGUAUAUAGUGCUCUUUGAUGUGUUUGGGAAGCAGCUUUUCUCUGAAUUUGUGCGCAAUGAGCUAGAAAGCUGAUCCUGUCUCUGAUGACAUGAAAUAGGUUUGCUGUGUUGGCAAAAGUGAUAUCAAUGAAAGAAUUGAGGACAGAAGGAAUAAAACACCUUCAAAGCUUGUGUGGUUUCUUGAUUCGAUUAUUAUAUUUAGAUCUCUAUCAGCC